CGGCGUAAUAUAAUAAUUAUAAUAAUAUCGAGUUUUAUCCGUUUCUCGGACGCGUCCGCAGUUCGCGCGCGACGUCUACGGUCGGCCGGACUUAUCGCUGCGGUGUUGUCGCGGUGGCCGUGAAGUUUUGAAAAAAAACGAACCAGUCGGCGUUCUUGGCGUACGCACCGAGCCAAUAGGUGAGUACCACUAUCGUAUUAUAAUAACCUUUUUGUUAUAAUACGAGUGUAUUAUAAUAUGGCGUUAUGAGAUAAUAGCGUGUUAUGAAGAGGGCUGGGUUUUCGAUGUUCUUUGAAUAUUGUUUUCCUGCACAUAGCUCGCCGCGCGGCGCUCGUAUUGUUACAAAUAGUUCGUUUCUCGUGUAUACAUAUUUAGUAUGAGAAUAAACAAUUUUACUUCGCAUUUUUCGAAAAUGUUUGAUUAAGUAAUUUCGUCUAGAGCAUUUAAGGUUUUAUGGGAUAUUUUCGGAGCUUUUGGAUUCAAAAUUCGAACAGUUUUCAUAAUAUAAUAAAACUAUCAAGUAGGUACUCUAUAAUACUCGUAUUAUAGAACAAUAGCAAUGCCAAAACUUAUAGACAACGAUUGGUGGUGUUUAUAGCAAAACUAUAACGUGAUUUAAAUUAAAACCACUCGAUACCGACAGUUAACGUUAUCGUUUAAUGUUCAGUACGAGUAUUUUCAGAUUUUAAUAAAUCCAAGUCGGAGAUUUCUUAAUCUGUAAUAUAUUUCUUAAAUUUAUAUUCAAAAUUAUUAAAAAUAAAAAAUUGUUUGUACAUUAAUUAGAAUUUUUAGGGAAUAAAUACAUUUGUUAAGGGAAUUGUUUAAGUUUUAAGCGGGGCAUUACAUUCCCAACCCUAUAGUUAUAAAAUACUCAUGGCUGGAUUAAGGAUCACAGCCCCGGAUUCGAACUAUACACAAUCUCUUAAUGGACAUUUUAUAAACAUACAUGAUAACAAAACAGGCCCUUUACGUCCGUUGGCGCGGAAUAUACGUAUAGGAAAUAUUGAAAAAUACUGUGAAAUUACCAAACAAUAUAAUAAUCAACACUUGAUGAACAUACAAUACUCUUACUCAUUCUGUAAUAUUAUUCUUAAAGAUUUUGUUCAAUUAUAAUAUGAAGCUGCAGGUAUCAUGUUAGCAUUUUUAACCUUGCUUCGAUCUUCAAAUGUAACAUCUUUUGUGAAAGGAAAUUUUGUCUAGUUGGUGCAUUAAAGAGGUCACUUUUACAACAACCGAAGGAAAAUUAUAGGUAAAACGGCAAAUAUUUACGGCACAACGUGGCAAUACUAUUUUAAUCGUUUUUAAUUUUUGCAAACUAUGUUUUCAGAAAUAUUGCUCCAAUAGACAAGAGCGUUUUUUUGUUGUAUUUUGGAUCUAGGUAUUUACGAAGAAAGACAUUUUUAGAUUUUCUUAAUAGUUUUCAUAAUAAUUGGGAAAAAGACGAAAAAUGAAAAACGAUCAAAUUUCCGGCGUACCCUGACGUUGUGAUCAUUUUUUUUUAAUUUUUACGUUUUAUAUUUUCUAUCAGGAAUAUUGAUUCAAUAGAAAAACAACAAAAUUUCAUGUUGUUGUUGAAUUUUUAACAUAGUUAGUGACCAAGAAAUUAAUUUUAAAAUUUUCAUAAUAAUUGAGAAAUCCACAUAUAAUAGUGAUACACCCGUUCCUAGUAUCAGUUCUUCGUUUUUAAAGUGUUUUAAGUUGAAAUCAUGAAAUGUAAAAACCACGGUAUUUAAACAAUUUUAAACCGAAUUUUACAACUCAAAAUAAUUUUUAGUUGGUAAUGAUUUAUCAUUUCGUACAUAUAUAAAUUUAAUACCUAUAACUCUAUUAUAUAUACUACCUUAUAUAUUUCUUACUUACAACAGUGGCAGUGUGGCGCACCCAUUACUCAUCAACAGCACUUAUUUUUUUUUUAAAUUCAUUUUUUAAUGAACUUAUAUAAACACAAGUAUACUGCGUCUUAGAAAUAAAUUGAUUUCUAAACUAAACAUACUAGUUCAAAUUACUCUCGUUAUAUUUUAAAUAAAAAAUGAUAAUAAACAAAUUACGUUGUAAAUAAAAAUUGCUAUAAAAAGUGUACGUUUGUAUGCGAAUAGGUACUACCAUUAGGUACUAGAAAAAAGCGCUAAAAAUUAUGAGAUCAAUGAUAAUAACAAUUUGAAACGAAUUUUAAGCAAUCUUCAAAUUUAUUAAAAAUAAUGAAAUACAAUAAUUUUUUUACAUUUUUGUUAAAUAUAAAUUUAGUUGAAAUAUGAAAAUUUGUACUUUGUAGUCCUUAUCCCCGUCAUACGUAAAAAAUAGAAUUUGAUUAUCUUUAGUAUCUUAGGAGACAUCGCAAUGGGUAUAUUUGUGAGACGUCCUAUACAUAAAUUCAAAAUAUCCAUCGUUAUUAAAAUAUAAGGACAUAUUUAAAAAAAAAAAAUGAAAACAUAGAUAUAACUUCCAUUAAUAUAAUAUAUAUAUAAAUGAUAGAUUUUGUACCACCUAUAUAAUAUUAAAUUAAUUAUUUCAUUGAUUACACACUUAAUUUUUCGGUAAUUCAUUAAUUUAUAAUUGCACUUAGUAGGUAACCUUAAACUUUUAUUUAAUAUAGGUAAGUCGUUAUCGUUAUAGGUAGAUAUUGAAAAUAUUUAUAUAACAUCAACUAUCAUUAAAUUAAUUACCAUUUGAAUAAUCAGCGUACAAAAAAACAAAAUACAAAUUAUAAUUAUUAAAAUUUAAUAUGAUAUAUAUAUAUUGAUAACGGACAAAUAAUCAUAAACAUUGUUAUAAUAUAUAUAUCGCAAUAUCGUGUAUCAAUUGUAUCCAGUUGCGUAUCGAGGAUUUUUCUCUAGGUGAUAUGACCAAAACUAUUUUGCGCAUUAAGAGCCUGGGAGAAAAAUAUCCCCUAGGACAAAUAUCCUAGGGGAUAUUUUUUCCUUUGUGUGUUAUGAUAUACAUUAUGUCAAUCUUUAUUGUAUUUUAGUUAAUGGAAAUUUUAAUGUAAUGUUUUGGUUUGCAAGUCUGUUCCUCCACAUUUUCCGAUUUGUCUUUGCCACAUCUAUAUCGAUUUCUGAAAAAAAAAAUACUCUGGAGGUGAUAUAUUAUCUAGAUCAUCUCCCGUAAAUAUGCCACUGACUAUAUCGUGUAGUUUAUUGUAAUAUUAUUAGUUACAGUAUAUUAUAUUAUAAUAAUGUUCAUGUGUACGUGUAUUUCUGUAUUAAAUAUAAUACGAGUACACCUAUUAUGCAACAUUUUAUAUUGCAACGGUUAUUAUGGUUUUACAGUUCUGCUUUGUAUAUGAUUUUUUUCUUUCCUCUUCAAUAUUACUGUACAUGUAUAUAAAUAUAUAUAUAUAUAUAAAAAAAUGAUGGGUAUUGGAUCCCAACAAUAUGCGAAUCCUCCUUAAGGGGAUUCUCAUUAGCAAACUUUAAAGUUGACAAGAGCUUUUAUAUACAUAGCUCACGUCAUUUGCGUGGUCCACCCCUAAGGGUUCUUUCGAAAUGCACGUUUAAACUCAGCCCUCUGUAACACCACAUACAAUACAUUCUCUAAAAAGGCGUAGAUAUAUUAUAUAGUGAUUUGCUUUGAAGAGAUAAAUUGUUUUUUUAUUCUUUUUUGUUCUUUUAUGGAAUACUAAAAUGUAUAUUUAAGUUGUAAAGUAAAGCAAAUAAUGUUUCCUGAAUAUAUCUAAUACACAGUAGAUUACAUAAUAAUAAUAUAAAAUAUACAUGUAUACAAACAUAUACAUAUAUACUGAAGAUUCACAAUAAGAUUACCUGACUACCUCGCUACAUUAAAUAUGAUUUUUUAUUAAACUAAAUAUUAUUGUAUAUUGUACUUUUUAUGUAAGUAAUGCCGUUGAUUAUAAUCGGUAGUAAACCAAUAUUGGGUAGGUACAUGUUUUCUCAGAAAAUACGUUUUCGGUUAGGAAAAUGGUCCAUUUAGACAUGCCGUACCUCGAAUUUUCAAAUCGGGAUAAAUAAUUUGAAAUAUUUUUGUUAUGCUGUUCGUUAAUAGAUCGUAAUUGUUGACUAGCGGUAUUGUACGUGAAACAUUUGAUGCAAUUCUCAUCAGAUUACCCUUUAAAUAUUUUUUUAGUUUUCAAUUUUUAAAAAACAAAGUUUUCAAUGAGUAAAAAUGUUAAAAAAUAUUUACAUCCUACCUUUUAAAAUGCGGAUUUUCACCCAAUGGUACUUAAUUCGAAACAAUGUCUAAAUUCACAGUUUUCCUAAGAAAUAAACCUGAUUGCAAAUUACGAUAAAUGUUUUUAUUUUUAUUCAUUUCUAGGUUAUUUGGCUUUAAGAGAAAAAAAUCACGACCUCUUCUAAAAUCUUCUCAUUUUACCGAAUUCUGUUCAGAGUUGUUUUUGAUUGCAAUGGUUUAUCGUUGAUUUUUAUGUAAACUAAAUUACCAUACAUAAUUUUCGAUCUAGUUAAUGAAUAAUAAAGUCGAUUAUGGUAUUUUUUAAUAAGCAGUUUUCAUAAGAGGAUAAACUAGAAAAUAAAAGAAAAGAAAAAUAAACAAAUGAGUACACGAAAAAUUUGUUACAUAAUUAAUUUAUCGAUUUUCGCUCUCACUUAAAUUAAUUUUAAAAUCUGUUUUUUUUUUUUUAUAAAUAUAUACAUAUUUGCGUGUAAAAAUAAAACGAACGUUGGUUACCGAUAUUUUCUUUCUUUGUUCAACGCAGGAUAUCAUUUUAACAAAUUGUUUGGUUAUUAGUUCGAUCAAUGUUGUGAAGCAAUUAGAAUUCUAAAAACACGUUUGAAUUCAGAAUAAAGAGUAUAUACAAGACCUACCAGUCCACUUUUUUCAAUUUAUAUUAAAUUUUUUUUUAUACAUUUUUAUUAUUUAUGAAUUCUUAAAAUCAAAUAUUUGAUAAUUAAAGACUAAAAUUUGAAAAAAUGGUAUGACUGAUGUCACGUAUACUAUAUGUUGAGUGCAAAUCUGUUUUCAGCAUUAUUAUCGCUUCACUGGUGUAAAUUGCAUGUUGUGUAUGUGUUUAAAAUAUUGGUUUAAAAUCCCCGUAAAGUGAGUGUUUCAUUUUAUUUUUACACGCAAUAUUUAUUUUAAAAUAACAACAGAUUUUAUACAAUUAUUUAAAUGAAUGAACAAAAAUCAAAUAAGUUAUUUUACAACAAAUUUUCACAGGUUUAAAAGCGUUUCGUUUUUUGAUACAUUUAGAUCAAAUACCAAUAAGAUGAAGCAAAAUAAACUUAUUUCCAGUAGUCCAAUUUCUAUUUUAAAAAUUUGUUGACUUCGUACAGGUACUUCUUUUCUAUGUUUAUUAGGAUGGCCUAAUAAGAUUGUUGUUUAUUGUAAGAAAAAUAUUUUCAUUUUUUCUUGUGAAGUCAAUUAAAUUGUUUGAAAAAAGUUAAACUCAUUACGUUAUGGUGAUUCCAAUAAAACAUAUAGACAUAAAAUUAAAAAACUCAAAUAUGUUUUCAAAAUUAAAAUUUGGUGAGCGAUAAUGGAUGAAUUUUACUUUAGUUUACUAGUCUAAAAUGUUGUAUUCAUCUUUAAAAACAGACCUAACCCUUCCCCUUAAAUUGAAAUUGAUAGGGCUCAGUAAAUUAAUUUAAAAUUAUCAUUAUUAAAGUGGUCAUUAAAAUGUUAAAAAUAAUUAUAAGAUUUUACAAAAUUAAAGAAAAUUUGGAAAACUGUUUCCAACUCUCUUAAUGAUAAUAUUAUACUAAUUGUGCACUGCACGCAGUUGAUGAUAUAGUAUAUUAAAAAUAUCAGUUAUGAGUAUAAUAUAUAAUAAUGUUUUUUAGUAAAUUAUAAUAUAACUCCGCUACUAAUUUUAAUAAAUAAUUAAAUGUUUUAUUUUAAGUAUAAUUGCAUAUAAAAAAAAAUAAAAAUCAGAAAACUGAUAUAACAUCUAAAUAUUAUUGUAUGACAAAAUAUGUACACCAUAAAACAUAAAUCAAACGUGUAUUAUAUUAUAUUAUAUUAUAGUAAUAUAUUUUGUCGUCUUGAGUUCCUAUAAUAUUUUACAGUCGUAAUCCGCUGGAAACAUUCGAACGACUUUUUGACAUGCGCGUAUUAAUUAUUCGGGAUUACACCGUUAUGCGUGUUUCCUGUGUUUCGGCUCUCAAAGGACAAAACUAUAAUGGUAUAAAUUAUGUGUGUAACGCGUGUUUUUAGUAUCACGCCCGAAUAUAGGGGAAAAUACAAAUUACAUCAGGCGGUAUAUUUUGCUUCUCACAAGGGAUGUUUAGUGUUAUAACGGCGGUGGCUUCUCUGAUUUCAAAUGGGUGAUGUUCGUAGUAAACACGAAAAUUUGUACAAAUCCGUAUAGACGAUUAAUUGCUUCACGAGUUUGACACCCUCAAUAUAAUAUACAGGGCGAUUUUUUUUUAUCGUAAUCAUAAUCAUAUAUAUUAUAAUUUCUACCAAAAAUUUCGAGUAAAUUAGACAUAGAUUAUAAAAUUGUUCAAAAUGAAGUUAUCUAUGUUAUUAUGUGCAUCUUCAUAAAGACAUAAUUAUCAUCAACUAUAUGUCUAUGUGUUUUAAUACGUAUAAUGUUUUUUAAUAAAUAGAAACCCAUCUUUUUAAACUCAGAUUAUCUAAGGGGCAUCCGGGAAUUGGGUCACAAUGAACCUUUUUUUAAAAAGGUAUACGGUAAUUGGGCCAUUCAAAUUUUACAUUUAUAAUAGGUAGACCCGGUGAUUGGGCCACUAUUUUAAACGAAUUUUUGUUCUUGAAUCUGGUAAUUGGGCUACUUAAUAAAUUUUAGAUUUGACAAAAGGGAAACCUCUAUUUAACACCACUAUUUUAAACCACAUUAUUAUUUUUUCCACGAUCACAAAUUUAAAUUUCUUAUGUUCUUUAUAAUCGAUUUUUGUUGACGGCACUUUUGAAUACUGUGCAAAUCAAUCAGUAUCUCAUUAUUUAAAAUAAAAUUAAUAAUCAUUUGACUAAUUUUAUAUUAUAUUUUAUGUUAUGUAUUUUAGUUUAUUUAAAAUUGUAUAUUUUUGUGUUAUACAUCUGUAUAAUACUCAAUAACCGGGUAAUAAAAUGUCCUAACAUAUUGUUUACGAAGCAGGUAGAUAAAAUGUGGCCCAAUUUCCGACCGCCCUAUCUAAAGAAGGGUAAUAAAUUUAAUCAUUAUAGAUAACGUUUAGUGGUUGCGUUUAUGAUGGUAUUCACGGAAUUAAGGUAAAAUAUUUUAAAUAAUAUUAUAAAUAAGAUCAUUAAAAACGAUAUUAUAAUACGUGUUACUAUAAUAAUGCCGGAAAAGAGUAAAAUCAAAUUUGUUCUCAAAUAGUACCUACUAUACAUAAGUACUUUGUAGAUAAUCGCUAUAGUUCGUGAUAACAAAAAAAAAAAAAACACUCUGUAUACUUCACCCUAUACGUACACGCUAUAAUUUCAGAUCGUACAGAAAAUAUUAUGUAUACCUAUAAUACACAUUAUAUACAUGAUAUAUUUCGACCGACAAGUAUAUACAUAUAUAAUACAAGAUUUAUAAGACGCGAGACGAUUCGGUUCGUUUAAAAUCAUUUAACGCGCUGCGGUGUGGUCGUUCGAGAACGCGGUACUUUAUUUUUUUUUUUCCUUUUUGUUUUAUUGGUAUAUAUUACAGUAAAACGGUAACGCGACACCGUCGGCAGCUGCUGCUCGGCGGUCCCAACGACAGUGCGUGCCGUGUAAAUUAAAUUAAAAAUAUUUCAGUCGUAUGUACCGAUGUAAUAAUAUAUUAGGCGUUCGUCGCCAAACUGUCAAACAGUAAAAUAUAUAUACCUAAUUUAUUAUAACUUUGUAUAGUGUGUUCGAGGCAUUUAGUAUGGCAUUAGGUGCGCGGUAACAUUAUAUAUUAUAUACGUACAUAAAAAAAAUAAAACAGAACUGAUACUGGGGACGGGUGAGACCACUUUUGUAGGUGAGAAGUUGAGAAGGCAGGGAUAAAGUUAUUUAAUGUAUACCUGUAACAAACGAUAAACCAUUGCUAACGAAAAAACGAUUCGGGUAAAAUUUACGAUUUUCGUUAAAAUUUGAUAUUAAAACUUAUAAAAAAAAAAAAAACUACAAUACACUCAUUUAUUUUUUACCACUAAGUACGACUUAUAAUGAACCUCCUGUAAAAUGUUCAAGCAUUUCUGUUUAGUCGAACAAAUUUAUCUACAGAGUAUAAAUCACAUAAAAAUUAUGAAAUCUCGUAAAAUUAAAAUGUCUAAUAUAAAUAGUUCAAAAAGGCUCAUAUAUUUUAAAAAUUUUACCACGUCUAGGAAUAGCAAAUACAAGUAUUUUUUUCAAAAUGUCAAAUCUUUACCAAUAUUUUUAACUGAAUUACAUAACAAAAACAAAAUUUAUAAUAAUGAAAGAAUUAUUUUCGUAAUUCGUAGUAUUCGUAAUUUUUGUUACCGAAUUGGUUCUCUUAAUUAAUUAAUAAGUACCUAAUAAAGUAUGUAUAAAUUCGAGUCAAUAAUAGGCAUAAAUCAUAUAAUGCGAACGUUUGAGUAAAAUACAGAUUUAAAUGGAUACGUUCAUUAUUUCGAAAAGUAUUAACUCUCUUCUGAAUUCGUUUUAUUGAACACUUAAGAAACAAACAACUUUACAAUUUUAGUUUUUUUUUUCGUCACCUUUAUUUUUGGGAAUAAAACCACUAAAUACUAUAGAUUUUAAAAUGGCACCUAUAUUAAUAAAUUAAAAAAGUUUGUAUAGGUUACCAUCUGAAUAUCAAAGUAAGUAGCUUUACCCACAAAAGUGAAAAAAAAUAACGUAGAUAACAUUUCGAGAUAAUGUACACACCGACUUAAACAGAAUACCCUGUUUUAAUGAUAAUAGUGGCUACAACGGCAAAAUUGCACAUAACGCGAUAAAAUGAAAUAAGAAAAAUAAUCAAUAGAAAUAAAACACAAAAUAAAAAUAACAAGAAAACAUAUUUGACUGUUUCACGAUGUCAUCUACGAGGCCUUUCCUGCGGAUAACGCUCAUGGAUUUUUUUUGUUAGCGACCGUUAUUAAGUUUUCGAACGUUUUGCUAUCCACGAACCAACUGCAAGCUUUGACUAUGUAUAUUAUUUCGAGGAUACAACGCUCGAUAUUUCCAUUGUUUUUGUGAAGCCCGUCCGUCUGGUUUUUCGGUUUUUCGGGCGUUUAUUGACGGUCCGCGAUGACAUUGUUCGCAAAAUUCGGAGCGCUCAGCUUGUGGCGACUGUGAGCGGCCAGAGUCCGCAUCUUCGGUUUUCAGUGAUUUUCCACUUUGGGUUUUAGUCAUUCGGUCGAAUGAAAAUCACACAGAUGUCCGAUUAGGUACGUGAUACGCGAUGUGUGUGUCGCUUGCACGGUCUCGUCGUUAGUGCCGCUAGUUCGAAUUUUCUUCAAACUCGACGAUGAAAUCUGUACGCCACAGUGGAGUUAUUUGCUCGCGAGCGAAAUCCAUUGUUUUUCUUCUAAACGCGGACGGAAUAAUUACAUAGAGAUCAAAAAAAUGCGUAUGCGUAGAAAUAGUCAUUCGAUAAAGUAUAUUAUGACGUGUGCACACACCGUGAUCCAAACGCACAGUGACCAAUACUAAAUAUCCACAAGAACCAUUCGAACGGAAAUUGUUUAUUUUCGCCAAUGUUUUAAAUACUACAGUUGCUCAACAAACCGUAUCGGGCCGUAGUGAUAGCAAUAGCUUUUUUUUGGACUUAACGUAUAUAUUUAUAGCGCACAUAUCCAUGGAUUUGAGUUUGAUUAUUUGUAUUUGUAAAUAAUAGAACGAUUUUUCUUAAAAAUUAUAACUUAAUGUGUUUUAACAGUAGGUGAGAAGUUGAGAAGGUAGUAGAGGGUAAAUUUAAUGUAUAUCUGUAAGCAACGAUAAACCAUUGCUAUGCUAACAAAAAAAAGAUUCUGAGCGGAGUUAAGUUGUAAGUGUUGUUUUGUCAACAAUAUGUAUGCUAUAUUAUAGGAAAAUAAUUACAUAGACAUUACUUAUUUUCUUUAAUAAUAUUUGUUUAACAUUGUACCUAUUUUCCCGUUUUCCUAUAAUUUUUCCGGUCUUUCCAUGUUAUUCCCCAUUUAUUGAUAAAACUCUUAAUUACUUAAUUAAAGUACAUCGCCAGUCCGAUUUCCUUUCAGAAAAGAUGCUACACUUAAAAAUCGGAGAAAUAUUUCUGGUUGAAAAGUUGUCCACAGAAAAAAAGUAAAUAAACAUCCUUAUAAAACCUACAUAAGCUCUUCACUCCUCUCAGAAUCUAAAACAAUUUUCUUGGUAACUAAUAAGAUUAAUAAUUUAUAUAAAAAAAAUCUCUUGUAGUUUUUCUGUUGAAGCAAUAUUUCUGGUAUAAAACGAAAAGUGUACAAAUUUUUAAUUAUGAAAUCGUAACGCCUUGGAUAUAAAAAAAAUCGAAUUUUUUUUUUUUUUUGAUUUUUCAUUAUUAUGAAAAAUACUUUAGACAUAAAAAAAUAAAUUUAUUUGAUAGUGGAUACAUGAUAAUAGGAACAAAAUUGAUAUUGAGCUAUUUUUUAACGCAGUGGCGUGUCGUAAAUAUUCGCCGUUUUACCUAUAACUUUAUGUCAGAUUUGACUAAUUAUUUCGAAAAUCCCUUUUAAAAUCAUAAAAUUAUCUGUUUAAUGCACCAACUAGACAAUAUUUUCUUUCCAAAAAAGUACUAUACUCUGUACAUCGUAGCAAGAUUUCUUUUUGAAAAAUUGUUUUCAGAAAAAAAAAGCACAUAUAUUGUAAAACAAAUAGAUCCCUCAUUCCCUUGCUACGCUCCAAAUCUAAAAUCAAUUUAGUUGUUUGCGUCACAAUCUUAGUCCUUAAGUUGUAUAAUAUUUAGAUUUCUUACAUAGUUAGGGAUUUUGUAUUUAUACCCUUUGUGCUUAUGUGCUGUGUUGGACGUGGUUGCCACAAUCACAUUUCCAAUAUUAUUUCAUUUUUCACUUGUGUAGAAAAUACCCACUAAAAUAUUAUGUCCCGUCGUUACUCGGUUUAAGUUUGUCCAUUCUUAUCUCGAUACUAGAUAGUUCGAAUUCUUUAAUCAUGUAGGGACAGUUAUUUACAACGCUUUAUUUUUUAUCAAUCCUUCAAACCACGUUUUAUUAUAUUCUCUCACAUUACAGAACUCUGUUUCUAUUAUUACUUAUUUUGCUUUGAUCCAAGGUAGCUUCCUUGACUUCAGCCUAAAUUUCUCUGUAGUGCAACCGCGUAUAAUUAGGUAUUUAUAAUAUAGGUACUUUACAUACAAUAUGUAUGUCAUUUUGUGAGCAUAUGGCUUAAAAGUAAAAUUUAAAUUUAUUAAAUAGUAGUAUCAUACACAUUUUGUUAAAAUACUUUUAUAUUUGUUUUAUUUGGAUAGCAUUUGAACAUUUUAUUUAUUUAUAUUUUUUUUACAUAAACUUAUUAUUUUGGAUUUUGAGUAGAAGGAGGAGGAAUGUAUUGAUUUUACAAUGAUGUUUUUUUUAUUUUUAUGUGAACAAUUUUUCUACCAAAAAUCAUACUCCGAUCAUCAAGUAUAGCUCUUUUUCCGAAAGAAAAUGUUCUCUGGGUGGUACUUUAGAGAGGUUAUUUUUUUAAAUUCUCAUUAAUAUUCGAGAUAAUGAGGAAAACCAUAUUUAAUAAUAUUUUUUUGAAGUACUGAUUUUCUCGUUUUUCCUAAGUUUUUUACAUUUGUUGAGAAAAAUUGAAAAAUUACCUCUUUAAAGUAUAUCCUUAUUCAGAUUUCCUUUUAGAAAAAAUACCAUCAUAGUAAAUCCGAUCAAAAUUGCCAAUAGAACAAGUGUUCACAUAAAAAAAAAAAAUAAAUAUCGUUGUAAAACCAAUAAAUUUUAAAGUUAAAUUUAGAUAAACAUGUUCCUUGCACAAAAUUAAUGGAAAGAGAUUUUGUUUUUCGCACUGCAGGUAUGUAAAUAUGUAAAUGAAACUAAUUUUUCAACAAACGUAAACAUUUUAUCAUCAUCGUAGUAUUUUUUAUCGUAUAUAAUAGGAUUCUCCCUAUUAUUUACUAAGAAAAAAAAAACAAACAAAAAAUUGAUAGUAAAAAAACUUGAUUUUCAUGAAACUUAAAUAUUUAUAUUUUAAUUUAAUUUUCACAUUGUUAUGUAAUUCAAUCUAUGAUUAAUAUCAAUCGUAUAACACAAUUUCAAUAUGAAAACAGAUGUUACCUGCCUCAAUGUCAGUGUGAUGUCUAUUAUUCAAUGUAAAUGGCACAUGCAGACGAGAUCCCGAGGUAGUUAAAUUUUUGGCACACAUAGUAGCGAUACCAAAUAAUAACAUAGCACGAGAUGGAGAUAUCAAAUUUUGAUUUUCGGUACUUGUGCACACGUCUCUUUUACUGAAACGUAUAGGUACGAUACAAUAAUAUUAUAGAUGUGUCAAAAGUAACAUCGAUGUAAAUAUAUAUAUAUAUAUAAAAGCAAACGAAUGACAAUGGUUACAAAGCCUCCGACAACAAUAUAUUAUAUUAUUAUAAUAAACACACUUAAAACGACGAUUUCGUAUUACUACGUGGAUUACUACGUGUAAUAUAUGUUUGUACCUAGGUACCUACUAUUACGUGUUUAUCUUGCGCAUGAUCGAGAGGAACAUCAUAAUAUUAUAUCUGCUAGAUCAUCGGAGAGGGUCUUCUUUUAUUUCUCAUUUUUUUUUUCGCCAAGUACAUAUCGUCUGCACAGGAUGACGACCGCGCCUCGCAAAAAGAUGUAACAAUACCAUACGGGCGGAUACGGUGGAUAUCCGACUUCAUUGAAGUUCCUAUUUUUUUUAUUAUUAUUAUAAUAUUAUAUUAUGCGUGUGCACACGCGUCAUAUACAAUAUGGUAGACUGAAGUGUAUACACAUAAUAUAUAAAUAAUAGUAGUUGUAGUAUUAUAAAUGCGUAUAGGAGAGACAACUGUAAUAUACAAAGCUGUCAUAUAUAGCGAAACAUAUUUUUAAACGGCCAACAUAUUAAUAUAUUAGUACUAAAUACUAAUAACAACUAUUAUAAUGUGACGAAUGCACUUUUUUACGACGAUGCAUUGAUGUCCCCGUACAUACACGUGGAGCUGAAAUUUUCUCGUCUUACACAUCGUUAUUUUUCCAUAUAAUUUAUGCGAUCAUUAAAUUAGUAAUCUAAAAUAUGUAUUUUUUUUUCUAUUCCAUAUUUAUUCCUUUCACUCAGGAAAUCUAAAAAAACAUAAUAUAUUUUUACCUUUUAAGGCGAUGCGUACCGUUCAAAUUUAAUAAUAUUGAUGGGACACCAAUGUUAAUUUGUUCUAUAUAAUUUUUAACAUUGUAAGAAAAUUUAAGAUAAAUUCAUUAAGUUUUAAAGGUUACUUUUAAUUGAUAAAUGAAAGUACAACAUAAAACUAUUAUCCUUUUGCCUGAUAUGUUUAACAGCUGAUAAAUUUAGGUAUCUAGUUGGCACAUUUAAAACUUGGUGAAUUGGUUAUAAAUCUUUUUUGGGCUUUUGAAUAUCUUAUAGAAAAAAUUGAAAAUAUCUUUAAAGUAUUAUAGUAGGUAUACCGUAUACUAGUUUCUAACUAAGGUAUAUGGGCUAUAUAAUAAAUAAUAUUAUAUAUAUGUACAAGACCGUGAACAAUUAUUAAUAGGUAUAAUAUAAACAAUGGACAUUUUUUAAAAUAUACAUAUUUUCCACUAAUUAAAAUUCAUAAAAUGUAAAUUUCAAUUUUAAAAUAUAAAAAUUGUAAACACUCAAGGCUUAAGUCGUGUAUUCACGCAAUCCGUAAAAUCGACCUAGACCUAAAAUGUCAAAAACUGUGUUUUAAUUAAUAUUUAACAAAAAAAAUUAAUGAAAAUAAUGUUUUUUCUGCAUUUUGUGUGUUUUACUGGAUAAUUUUAGAACUGCUUGGGUAAACAUAAAAGGUAGAUUUAUAUGAAAACUCAAUAUAAAUUUUAUGUUACGCUAUAUUUUGUUGUCUAUUUUUGUUUUUAUUGAACUUUCUAUCUAAAUGAAAAUAAUAAUAAUAUUAUGAUUUAGUCAGAUAAGUAUAUAAUACUCACGGUCAAAUCUUUUUUAAACAUCGUUCUCACAGAAUUAUAGGUAAAUAUUUUGAAUAAAAUAAUACCCGCAUUUCACACGCGUACUCAACAUACCACUAUAUCGGAAGUAUAAUAAUACUUGCGGUAUUAUAAUAGGGGGUUGGUACAUCACUAUAAUAAUACCUACGAGUAUGUGAACGUUCGGAAAUUUGUUUAUUAUUUCAACAGUUAUCAGCUAGAUAUCUUAUAUUAUGGGUACACACCAUGGCUGUAGAAAUUAUUUUAUACAUUUUUUUUCGUCUGAUACCCACAACACCGGAGUAUUUGAGUUAACAUUACUAUCCCACAAUUAUUUUAUAACCUAUAAAACCGUUUCUGUUUAUAUAUAAUUGCAGUGGCGGAUUUACAGCGGAUUUCAGGAGGUCUGAACCCCCAGACAUUGAUAUAAUUUCGAUAAAAUGUCGUCUGAAAAAGAGGCAUCUAUUAAUGGAUACAUUUUAAUAUAUUUCAUUUGUCAGGACCUCUUCUAGAAAAAUAUUGAAAAUCCACCACUGAUUAGUAGCUAUAUUGAUGUACGUUCGAACGAUAAUAUUUUAUUUAAUAUUAACAAGUAUCCUAUAAAUAAAAAAAAUAAUAUCAAGUGAAAUCUAUGAAUCAAAUUUAAUCACAAUAAUAUUUUGUCAUUGGUAAUUAUUAUAUGAUGUAUUCAUACUUCAUAUACGCAAUGGUCGAAAUGGAAAAUACUUACACACUGCAUAGUUCACAAUAUGGCACCCAUAGAAACUCAUAAUCUUGUAAAGUUAUAAAAAAGUAUAUUUAAUGGCUUUUGUCUGGAUAAAACGUGUAGGUAAAUAUGGUCUGUAUUAAUUUACGAUAGAAAUUAGUUGAUAAACUACAGAUGAACAAUACAAUUAUUAAUAAUUUAUAUCGCUUCAAAAAUAAUUUCUAAUAAAACAAGUUUUUGGUUGGAGCAAGAUUUUUGGUAGAAAAGUUGUUUAAAUAAACAAAGAAAAAUGAAAACAACUUACCAGUUUUUUCUGAAUAGCUGAAGAUAUUCUAAUCAUUUAGAAUUAUAAUUUAUUUUAAUUUUUAAAGAUCAUAUUUUACUUGUUAUGAAUUUCUGCUAUUACUAAGAGAACAUGAAAUUGUACUUAUUUAUAUUUUUGAACAGGUACGAAUGUAUACGAUACUUGACAGUUUUUCUUUAAAAAUGAUUGCUAUAUUGUACAAAAAUAAUUGCAUAUAGACAAGAUAUUUUGACGUUCAUCACUAUUCGACACAACAAAUAUAAUAGUUUCUGGAGAUUGGAAUUACGUGCGAACACUGCAAACAACGCAUAACAUUUAUAAUACAUACUACCUAACUAUAUUAAAUUGUAUUAAUUAAAAUCGAUUCGUUAGCGAUGUAAAACCGACGUGUAAAUAUAACCAUUUGAAUCGUGUUUUGAAUUUCAAUUUAUCUGCACAUAGCACAUAUAUAAUUCAUACUAUGUAUUAUAUGAUGCGAUUUUCGGAUUGCGAGUGCGAUUUUGCCGGUUUACCGAAAUAGUUAUUUUACCGCUGUACGAAACAAUAAUAUUAUAAUGUUAAAAUACUAUGUAUACACUGAUAAUAUAAUAUAUACGUAUAAUACCUUCACCGAAAUAAUAAUAAUAUAUCGGUUUUAAGCCGUGGUGAUAAUCGUAAGUCCCACGUGUCACGAAGGGGUGUACUAUCCCUUCCUCGCAUCGUUCGUCUAUAUAUAUAUUAUUAUAUUCUGUUGGUACAGUUUCCCUCGUGAAAUACAACGACGAUUAUUAUAUUGUACUCGUUCGAUUAAAUCACCGCCACCAGUCUGCAAUAUAGUCGACCCGUUGGUAGUCGUGUUUUUAAUAUUUACGACAAAUAUUAUUAUUAUUAUUAUUAUUAUUGUGUUCGCGAACACACGUCAUUUUAUUUUCGCGCAAAAGCAUUUAUUGCAAUCGCGAGCGUAUAUAAUAUUCCGUUGCUAAGCAGGUCUGUAGCAGUAUGGUCCCCCUCCGCCGCGCUACCGCCUUCGCGACAAACUAUACAAUCAUAAUAACAAUAAUCCGUGGCUGAAAUAUUAUAUUUUUCGUUUUGUUCCUUUCUUUCUUUUUUUUUUUUUUUUUUUUACGACUUGUUUGUAUUUUGUUGACUAAGCCGAUUGCCACUCGAACAUUGCUUAUUUUGCGGUCCAUCUGUGUAUUAUAUGUACUGUGCAGAAUCGCUGCAAUAACUAAUAAUAAAGGUAUACCUAUCUAUAGUAGGUAAUUUUACAAAAUAAACAAAAUCGAUGAUCACAUAAUAUACAAAAUAAUAUUAUAUACGUUCACAUUCCGUUAUACCGAAUACAAUAAUUUAUGGAUUACGAUGAUUGAUGACGUAUUGUGUGAGGUAUUGGGUGACCGUGGUUUCAGUGAAAAAAAAAAACAAACUGGUCGGUAAUACGAUACGCGCAUUUGUUUCAAUUAUUAUAAUAUACAAUCCUAUGUAAUAAUAAUAUCCUGAAAAGAAAACGCUUUCAAUUUUUCUAGAUUCUAAACAGAACAAGGCAUUUUUUAUUGGUUUUGGAAAUCUGGUUUUUUUUUAUUCUUAUAUUGUAAUGAAGAAGCUAUUUAUUAUAUUAAGAUGUGUUUUUUUCCCUGGAAAACACUUUUUUGGUAAGUAAAGCGGCCCAUAGACGUACAAAUAGCCGCAAAAAAAUUUAAAAAAAUGAUUAUAUUAUGUUAAAUAUUUUUUGAGAACCCUUGAACCUAAAUCCAUCAAAUCAUAAUGAUUACGUUUACGCACCUCAUCUUAUAACAUAGUUAAAGAUAAUAAACUAAUAUAGAAAAUAAUCUGCGCCUUGUGUAGUCUCUAUAUCACUUCGAGUAUAAUACAAUUUGUACUUACUAUUAUUAUCUACAUAGUUUUACAGGCUUUUUCGUAGCACAUCCACUGCGUAAUGUCAUUUUGAGAUGUAUACGCAUGGUUAAAUUUUAAAUUGUUGUAAAUUAGCAUAAUAUGUCCACGGUUAUUCAUUAUCAUUUAAAUAUUUUCAGACAUUAUUCAAAUAAUUAAUUCAAAAUAUUGUUAACGCUGUCGCGGUAUAGGCUGACUGAAGCAGUUUCAGUCAGCGUCCACUGUAACAGGUUUCGCGAUUAAAUAAUAACCCAAGACGGAAUAUCAGGGGUUCUCAAAAAAUAUCUAAAAUAAUAUAUGAAUUUGUUUUGGUGGAAAACGGAUCUCUCCCUCCUAUAAUCUGGUAUAAGUUUACCAAACCAUCCACUCAGAAUCAUUUUUUGAUUACAAUGAUUUAUCGUUACUUUCAAGUUUCAGUAUAUAGGAAAGGUAAUUUUUAGAGGAGAAGUAAACUGCGAUCAAAUUUAAAAACAUGCAUGGAUAUAAAAACACAAUACAAGAAAAUAAUGUUAUACGAGUUAUGAAUCAUCCAGGCUGUGCGUCAAGACUCAAACAAAAACAAUUUUUUGUGGGUUUAAAUAUGUUCAUUGUUUAUUUUGCUCCUACAUGGAUACCUAUGCUUAUAUACUAUACCUUCUACAUUUUCUAUCUAUAACAGUGACCUAUUCAUCAUCAUGAUCCAAAGUAUCAUGGUCCGGCUAUUUUUCGUUUUUCUUAUUCAUUUCUCGGUCAUUAAAAAUUAAAAAACUUACUUUUUAAGUAGGUAUAUUAUAUGAAUGCAAGAGAUUGAAUGAAAAAGACGUCCGAGGAUAAUGGAGAUGGGUGCAGCAACUGUUAUAGGUAAUUUAAUGUUUAUCUGUAAGCAACGAUAAACCACUGCUAACGAAAAAACGAUUCUGAGCGCAGUUCAGUUGAUGGUGAUGCUUUGUCAACAAUAUUAUAUGUCAUAUUAUUGUAAAAUACCUAAUUAAAUAAGCAUUAUGUAUUUUAUUUAAUAUUUUUUUAAUAUUGCAUAAUUUUUUUUCUCUAGUUUUAACAUUUUCUGUCAAACCACAGAGUACCUACCGAAUAAAUAUUACAUAGAAAAGUCUCAAAAUUAAAAUGUCUAUAAAUACCUCAAACUUGGCUUAAAUUAUUUAAAAAUUUUACCACAUCUAGAAAAGGCAAAUAUGAGUUUUAUGUUCAAAUUUCAAGUUUCUACAAAUAUUUUUAAUUGAAUCACAACAAAUAACAAAGUUGAAAAUAAUAAUAGCAUUAUUUUCGUAAAUUUCCUGUUUUUUUUACGUUUUAUUAUGGUUUUUCCCAGAUAUUAUGAAAACUACUUGGAAAAUCAAAAAAUGACCUUCCAAAAGUACCAUCUGGACAUUCUCUCUCAGAAAUGGUGCCGCGUGUAUAUAUCUGAAUAGGAUUUCUGGUAGAAUUUCUGUGCACAGUAUAAAAAAAAAAAAAUUAACAUCUUAGUAAAACCAAUGCAUUCUUUGCUACACUCAGAAUCUAAAAUGUAAACUAUUAUGAAAACUCAUAACAUUUUUUUUUUGAAAUGCUUUUAUUUUUUGGGCAUAUAGUAUCAUAUCAAACUCCAAAAUCAAAACAAUGGAUGAGACGUAAUGAAUCGGAUCCAUAUAAUGUAUUAUGAAAUAUGAUUUACACAUUGGUGUUGCUUGUACUGCAAGGAACAGCAUCAUAAUAUGCGGAGGACGUAUACUAUAGUGGAGCGUGCUAUUGUUUUUUAUGGGGUCCAGACGGUAUAUGAUUCGUUUUGUUUUUUUUUUACACUUUAUUUUGUUUUAUUAUUGUUGCUUUUUUUUCAUUUCUCAACUAUGACAAAUUGGCUCCAAAACGUAUGCAUAAUCGAUUUUGGAUACCUGUACUUAUAUAUAUAUAUACCUCGUCGGGGACCACAACGACGACGGUUUUUUUUCUUUACUGUUGUUCGAACUUCUCACACACGUGUACUUGAGUGUAUAAUAUUCACCGUCAUGUACCUAUACUACUUAGACUCCUCUGGGUAAUUGAUAACGACGACGUUAACGCAACGUGAAAUUAAAUCAGUUUAACGCGCUUAUCGUAUACCUAUACGGACUUCGUCGUAGAAAAAUAUACGCCACGAAAGGGUGACGACGAUUUCCUGCUGUAGUGUGUGGUUCCUUACGAGAUUUUAAAGUACCCAUUAUAAUGUGUAUGUGCGUGUAUGUGUGUAUUUGCGGUGUAACGUUUUAAAGGCGAAAAUAAAUCGUAUAUAUCGUCAACAUUUUAUCGUGCGUUCUACGAACGUGGCAAUAUAAUACAUAUAUAUGUAUAGAUAAAAAAAAUAGUAAUAAUUUAGGAAUAAUGGAGGUCAGGGUCAUUCUAGUGCAGUGCUGAGUCGGCCGUUUAGCGUUCAGUGCUGGUGUUGCUGCUGGUGCUGCUGCUGCAGACACCGGUUUUUCAUUUUAUUUUUAUUUUUUUGCCGACAAAUCGCAAUUGGCUCUUAUUGUAUACAUAUAUAUAUAUAGGCAUCGGGCACAUUACAAUAUUAUGCAUCUAUAAUAAUAUAACGCCUAUACUGUACGCCAUGUGCAUAAUAUCGAUUGUGUCGUUGGCCUCAAGAUUUACGAGAGAGAGAAAUCUUUGCGACGAUUAUCCACAUGUAAACGAUGGAUCGUGAUGCAUGAUGAUGAUUAUGAUGAUGAUGAUGAUGGUGAUGAUGAUAAUGUUGAAGGGAGACGAUUAUGGUAACGAUGAAAGGAGUUAUACGUACUUAUAGCUAUUUGUCGACGUGAAAUUCUUUUUUCUUUUUUCUAAUGUCGGUAUUCAACACUUCAAAAUUUGAAUAUACUUUUUAUUUCAAUAGUUUUAUUUGGUAAAGGUAUUUCAUUGUACAGGUACGAUUGUUAGAAAAAUCACAAAUAACAUAGUUGCUGGUAACAAACGUGCCGACGAGUAUUAUUCACAUGUUUUAUUGAAACCCCCGAUCCGAAGAAGAAAAAAAAACAGUAUCAUUGACCUAACCUAACCUUCCCGGCUGAUCGACCGGUGCAUCGGCAUAAAAAUCACAGUGCCGCACCUAAAUUGCUAUAUGGUGACAACCGGAAAAUGAAGUGAUGCUUCGUAUGCAUCUGAGAUAUAAUAAUAUUAUUUAUACCAUAAACACAUUCAUAUAUGUAUAUUAUAUACUUGUGUUUAAUUUAUUUUAUUCCACUCGACUGUCAUAUUUCAUAUAAAUAUCAGCAAUCAAUAUAAAUGAAAUGGUUAAACGAAUUCUUCGUUUGUUUCGUUUGUGUCACAGGAUGUUUUUGAAUAUAUUAUAGGUCUAUAAAAUAUACUUACUACUCGGGCAUUAUUUGUUGGUUAUGAUUUCUAAACUUCACUCAGAAUCGUAUUUCGUUUGCAAUAAUGUAUCGUUGCGUACAGCCGAUAUAUUGAAAGUAUUAUGUUAUAGUAUGCGUAUUUUGUUACCUUCCUAACUCCCCAUUAAGGUAUACAAUAGAGCCACAGAGGUCCAUCCAUGGCGUGUAAAGUGUGUAGUGAGUAGCCUUUUGAGUGUAGCCUUUUUAAUAUUGAGUAUUGCAAAAUUAUGAUAAAUUCAUUUAUGUUUUUAAAUACCUAAAAAUACAAAAUAUACAUACAAUAUAUGUAAUACGGACACACGUGCGCGUUCACGAGCCGAACAUUUUUAUUAUUUACAAUAAUUAUUAUACAUUUUACAUACACCGGCGCGCGGUGGUUUUAUAAAUCUAUGCAAUUAAAUAUACAAAUAUUUUUUCAGUGAAAUAAAAUUUUAUUUAUUUAUCUGCGACUACACUCAAGUACGUGGAUUACUACUUUAAAGGGCGAUUAAAGGGCUUUACUAUACAUACUAUACCAUAAUAUGCUAUGACGGCGGCGCAGGCCGGUAAAUACAAACCCGAAAUGGCAAAGGGUAGCGGGGAUUUUUACCGCCCAUGGCCAAUUGAAUUCAAUUACGUUUCGCAAAUCCCGCGUAUAAACACACUCGUGAUGUCGUGUCGUAUAUAUUAUCAUACGCAAAAGAGGGGCGUUUUUCACUACGAGUGUUUUCCUUUUACACCGGUCCCUCUCUGUAUGUAUUUAUGCAUUACCCAACCUCCCCGUUCGUAUAUCGUUAAAUAUAAUGGUUGAUCUUUUGGACGUGUGCCGGAAUUAUUUCGGUAUCCGACCGAGCGUGCGCACACACACCAGACACUCGUAGAAAUUAUUAUUCUCGAAUAAAUCCCCUAUAUUAUUCGAAGACCGUUUUCAAUGCAAAAAAUGUAUAGAUUUUUUCUACUUUCGUAACAAACAGGGUUUUUCGGAAAUGUUAAUAUAAUAUGAAUGGGACAAUGGGAGUCUGUAAUUUGUACCAAAAUCAUCAUAAAUGUAUCAAUUAUUUCGGUGAUACCUAAAUAUAUUAUAUGUAUAUUGUAUAUUGUUACCAGUUUAUAUAAUCUUCAUAUUUUGGCCGAGAAACAUAAAACUGGUAAUUCAAUCUGACAACAAUGUGACGUCAACUUUAGGUUUUCAAUUUUCUAUACAUACCUACAUAAUAUGUUUUUUUAAAUUUAAAUUUAAUUAAUUGAAUACGACAUUUUCCAAUUUGUUUUAUUUUAAAUUACCUAAAGUUUAAUUGACCAAUUUUACUUAUAAGAGUCCUUUAAAAAUACAUUAACCAUCUAUAUAAUAUUAUUAUAAUUUAUUUCGUUGUACAUUUUUAUACUUGAAUUACCGACAUCACCAUGUGUUGUUUACAUAAGUUUUUGUUUUUUUAUCUACCUAAGCAAUGUUGGAAACGUAACAUUUCGAACUUCUCAUAUCUUUUACUAUAAUAUCGAAACGUAUAAUACUACGUACUAUCGAAAACCUAAUCAAUUUUAAUUCUGGUGCAAAUUGCAGUUCAUAUUAUUUUUUACUACCUGCGAUGGUGAUGGUGCAAAUCACAUAUUAUAUCUAUAUUUGGCACAAAUUACAAACACAUUUUAAAAAUAUUGGUGCAUAUUACACAUCUUGUUUAAAUGUUGGGUAAAUUUUCAUCAAUGAGAAUAGCGUAGGUAAUAUUUAGGUAUAAAUUUCGAUUCCUUUGUAUAUUGUUCCGAGUUCAGCCAAUAUACAAAGGAAUCGAAAUUGAUACUUAAUAUUACCUACGCCAUUCUUAUAAUAUCAAAUGUAUUAUAUUUUAUUAAAAUGUAUAUAUAGAUAUAAUAUAACCAAUAUAUAUUUUUUUUUUGCGCUGAGGUACAGUUAUUUAUAUAUUAUAUUGGUUAUUUUGUAAAAUCAUUGUAUAGGUAAAAAAAACACCCCAUUGUGUACUGCAGGGCUGCAGAGAUUAAAAAACAUGUUUAUGCUAUUCUAAUAUUACUGUAUUAAAUCAUUGAAUAAAGAAUAUGUUUUUUUUUAACUUUGACAGGUAUCCACUAAAGGUAUAAAUUAUAUUAACCUUUAGAGCAGUAUAUUUUUUUUUUAUUUACUUCGAAAAUUGCAUUUAUGUAUAAAAAACUCAUUAUAUACAAUAUAGUUUUGGUGGGAUUGUUCAAAGCAAUUUCUCCAUGGCUUAUAAUAAAUAUGUUUUAUCGUAUUCGAAAACAUAUUAUGGGAGGCAGUACAGUAUUAAAAAAAAAUAUACACUUCAAAAUAUUGAAAAUGUUCAUACCACACUAUUGGUACUGGGUACUAUUAUUUAAAUGUAAAUACAAUUUUACAAUCACAUAAUCGUGAAAGAAAAACAACUUAUUAUUUGAAUUGAUCAAAGGCCUUUCGCCUCUAUUAAUACCGUUCUUACAAUUAAUUGUGAACAACAUUUAUGUAUAUUUUUUUUUUGGAAGCCUGUGAUAAACAUUGUAUACAUUAUCUGAAGUAAUCGGUAAUUUAAUCAAAUAAAACACGUUUGUUAGAACUAAAGUUAAGCUCACAUAUUUAGGUAUAGGUGCAAAUAAGGGACGUAUGGAGCCUGGCUCCUAAAAUUCAGUCAAGUCCCUUCAAGUAAAUACAAAAUAUGUAUAACCAAUAUUAAUUAAUAUGAUGGGGUGUUAAGCUCCUCCAAAUUAUCUGGAUUAUUUACGCUUAUGACUUGGAGACUGAAGUUUUUGAAAUGUUGUAAAAAAAUGUCUUAAAUUUAACUAAUAUUGAAUAAUGAAUAAAAUUAUGAACUUUAUGCUUUAAAAUUGACCGAUGACCAGAUCAAAAUAAAUGUUCUAUAUGUUAGAUACUUGUCAAUAAUGGCCAAUAAUGCGCGUCCCUUUUUCAUUUGAAUUCUGUUAUAAAUAGAUAAUAACACUAAAAACUGAAUUGUUAUGUUCAAACUUUUUUGUUAAACAAAAUAAUAAUAAUAAUUGCAUACAUGUUUUUAAUAUUUUUACUCCACUUUAUCACUUAAUACUAAAUAGACAUAUUAGGUACGUAUAAUAUGUAUUUUAAAAUAUUAAUACACGUUGGUAUUUUUAAAUGUAAGUACUUUUUUCUUGUAUUUAAAAGUAAUAACAUUAUAUUUUAUAUUAGGUACCGCUCAUAUAUACAAUCUAUCAUAAUAUAGUAAUAUAAUGUAACAUAAUAUAAUAUAUUGCCUAUAUAUAACUGUUGGUUCAGAAUUUAUACGUCGUAUUCAGAGUUUCAGCGGCGUCGAGUCGAUAAGAAAAUAAUAGGUUUUGUGCUGUUGUUUAGUUAAUCUCUGACCUAAAUUUUACCUGUUAACUCAAUGGAUUUCCAACUAAAAUCGUACAGGGCGCAUUAUUCAACGUAAAAAUGUACAUAGGUAUGUUUAUAUACACAUAUAUAUAAGAAAAAAAAAAUGGUUUAAAAAAAAAUAUGCCGGUCCAUCAAUAAACGUAUAUACAUCUGCGUUUAAGUAUAUAGGUACGUGUAAUAGUGUACGUGUUAUCCCGACAGGUUUCGGAUAGGACAAAGCCGCCGGUCAGCUAGACUGUGAGGAGCCUAAAGGCAACGGCGACCCUGUGUCUACCUUUUUUUCGCCCCUCCACGACUUCCUCGUCCGGUCAGUAUACCUGGUGGUGUGCGUCUAUUAUGUUUUUGGAAAUUUCUCCGUCCUGUGGACGGUGUCGUCGGUGCGUUUUUGACGGUGUUCGGACGUUUAUUAGGAGACUUACGCUCGGCCAGUGUGCGUCCGGUGCUCGUUUAGUGUAUAGGUCGCGAAGAAACUGCACUGCAACGGCGGCGUAUACUAUAUAUAUAUGCACGUCUUAUUCAGUAGGUAUAGUGUCCAGCUUCGAUCGUAAAAACGCAUCACGGUUAUUAACACAGCAUAAAUGUGCCGCCGGGAAAUCGUUUUGUCGACGGUGAACAAGACUAAUACUAUGACGUGCCAACAGUUAAAAAUGAAAACCAAAAAGAAAUGCUACAGUCGUUCCAAUAAUAACGCGUUAUCGUUGCCCGAACCAGAAGGUAAUAUUAUAUAUUAUUAUAUUAUUAUUAUAAUAUUGUAAGGACGGUUUUUUUUCUCUUUCCCCGCUUCUGUUUUGUUAUUAUUAUUUUUUUUUUUAUCAGUAAAAAUGGAGGGUACCCCGACAAAAUAUUCGCGUACGUGAGCUUGGAAACGUUUGGCUUAAACAGAUUUCGAUUGUUAUAGUAGAUAAAUCACGUUUUCGCGAAACCGAGUGCGUCAUUGACGUGCGGCAAAAUGCGCACGUGCGACGAUGACGGCGGUUUCUAUUUUCUAUACACCUAAAUCAUAUAUAUUUUACUAUAUCAGCCGAUGGAUUUUUUUUUUUUUUUAUAAAGAAAACAGGAACUCACAGAUAACGGGGCAGAAGAUGCCCGGAGUAAUAGAAUUUUUUUUACUUUUGGAUCAAUAAUAUAAGACAUUUUUCCGUUUUAAAAAAUAAUUACACAAAUAAUAUUGUACAUUCCAAAGUAAAAUUAUUCCCACAUAAUUUCUCGCCGAAGCCCGUGCACCGCAGGGGCGUUUUUAAGAUUUUGUCAACCACGGAAUAUUAAGUUUGAAAAUAAUUGUGUCAUAAUGUAUAAACUAGCCUAUAAAAAAAUCAAUUUUUAAUUUAUAUAUUUUUACAAAAAAUUAUCAUUAGUAAUAGUAACAAUUAUUAGUUUAAUUAAAUUUAGGUACUUUCUAAUUAUUUAACUCCUUCAUAUUAUAGUAGUGCUGAUUAAUUUUGUUUUAUAAAAACAAAAACCUAUAGGUUCAUAUUUAUUUAGUAAUAUUAUUUUUACUAAAUGGAUACCGUACACAUUUUUUAUUUAUCUGACUAAAUAGUAAAAAAACUGGAAUUAAAAAUAGGUACUUACAUAGUACAUACAGUCAUAUAAAAUGCAGAUACCUACUAAAUAACGGUUAAGAGGAAUAUAUAUAUAUAUCACUAAUCUCUUCCUUUAAAUACGGCUACCGCCGUGCGCUUAAAUUAAUCAAAUCAAUUUAAAUUAUAUUUACCUACUAGUUUUUUUUAUUAUUAUUAUUUUACAAAUUUAUCGUAUACCUAGGUACAAUUUAUCUUUCGUGAGCUGUCAACCGAGCAAAACCUGUUGGAGCUUAUCUUUAUUAAGAGCACGAGGUAUAUACUCGUAUAUUAUAAUAUAGGUAUUUGAAUUCUUAGUGCAUACGUAUAUCAAAAUAAAUUGUAUACCGUGAUGUAAUCAAAUUUCGAACGAAUUAAUCUCUAAUCAAAAAAAAUAUAUUUUCUAUAACACAAUGAUAUUUCACACGUUUAUUACAUGGUUAAAUAUAUGUUUUCAUAAUAGUAUUUUAUACACGAUCAAUACUUCGAAACAAAUUUUAUCGCGUUGUACAACGUCCUUAUUACUCGUGAAAUGACGUUAUCCCAUGUUGUUUUGAGUAAGUCAAUUAUGAUUUUACAUUUAAAAAUGCUUUAAACGAAUUACACUUGCAUUAUUACCUAUAAUAACAUAUUAUGUUCUUUUUUUAAAAAAGAUUUACGUAUUUGUUUAAAGAUUAAUUAUAUAAUAUCAGUAUUUAAUUCAUUAAACAUUUAUAAAGUUUAAAGGUUUUAAGUUAAAUCAUAAAACAAAUCGUGUUCGGAUUAUGUUCAUUUUUUUUUACAAACCGAUGUAGCAGUUCUUUUAUUAUUUACAAGCUAAUUUCGUUGUUCGUUUUUAUUACAUUCCGCAUAUACAUAUUUUACAAUAACAUUUUUAUUAUUUUUGUUGUUUUUCUAAAAUACCACAGUUUGAGGCAGUAUGCCUAUCCGAAAAUUUUCAUGCACAAUUUCAUAAAGAGGUAUGUAAUUUAAUAUUGUACCUACCUCAUAGAGCAGGAUCAUUAUUUGAAUAAUUUUCUACAUCAAUGUCCAAAAAAUUCCAAAAUAAAAUAAAAUAAAUAAAUGUAUGAGCCAAGCGUAAAGAGACAAUUUGUAUUACCAACUUGUAAUACGCCAAAUAAGUACUGGCAAUAAUAUUUUAUAUUUUUAACUUUGCCUUAUUUAUUGAUACUAAAAAGAAUCAUAAAAUUAUUUUUAUUUGAUUCCAAGGAAGAGUUUAAGGAUCAAAGAUUUUAAUCUAAUUUUCUUAUAUUAUUUAUCUAUAAUUUUUCUAUAAAUUUCAUAAUAUUAUAAUUUCUGUCAUUUUUUCCCAAUUUUGUUGUAAUUUGAACAUUUUUUGUAUGAAAUUAACUUGAGCCCUUCUUCCCUGGGACCAAAGAUUUAUUAUAAAAUAUCAUUAUUGUAAAUGUACAUUAAAUUAUUUAUAUGGGAUUUCAGUAAGAUAGUAUAGUAUAUUAUUAUGAAGAAUUAAACAUUCUUUUCUUUUAGAGUUCGCUAAAUACCUAACACAAUUGUAAACUAUUAUUAACUUUCGACCAAAGGAAAAUGACCCGCUGUAUAGACUCGCGAGGUUAACGUUUUUUCCUUAAUUUAUAAAUAAUAAACAUUUUAACAUUAUAUGGUACGAUAAAAGACGAGGAAAUGAAACAGAGUAUAAACAAUAUAUGUCAUCCAAACUCGGUGGUCAAGGUUGCUUUAGUAAACAAACCACGCUGUAAUAUAAUGUAGUCUGCAAAAAAUUGUUUUAGUUCCGAUAGUUUGUGUAGUAGUUGUUUCGGCGAGUCGGUUUCAGAUAGAACUAUAAAUUUUCCUCGCCGUCUACUCCAUAAUGUAUUAGAUUCAUCCACGAUACCAUGUGCGUUCGAGUAUUUAUUUUUUUUUUAAAUUAACGUUUAAUUAUGCACGUAUCGCUGAAGAAAAAAUAUACACCGUGCAGGAUAUCAUUCAAAAUGCACGCAGGCGGUAAUACUAUACAUAACAUAUUACAUUGCUAUUAGAUUUGUCGAAAUACUGCAACGUUUUGAUAUAACUAAACUACAGUUGCAUCAUUGAAUAUAAUAAUACUUACCUAUGUGAAUAUCGGUGAUGUGUUUUUUUUUUUUAUUUAUUCGUGACUUGUUUUGUUUUCGUAUAUGCAGAGAUGAGAGAGAGGAGCAGAAAUGCGGCGAGGACACGUAGGGAGAAUGAGAACGCCGAAUUCCUAGAGUUGUCAAAACUCUUGCCACUGCCGUCGGCCAUUACCAGUCAAUUAGAUAAAGCGUCGGUGAUCCGGUUGACCACUAGUUACCUGAAAAUGAGACACGUAUUCCCAGAUGGUAAGUAAACGUAUACUAAUAUCACAUAAUCAAUCGCUGCGGUUAUAUACGAAUAUUCAGUGGCAUAAAGAUUUAUCCUAGAAGGAACAUAUUGAAUUUGUAAAUUGUGUCAUAAUAUUGCACAUGUAUAACAUAUUAUAUCUAUAGGCAAAAAAUAUAUAUAUACAUUUCCAGUUUAUAAAUUAUUGUAAGUAUUGUAAGUAAUUUAUUAUUCGAUAUACUCUAAAAUAAUCAUGCACAUAACUUUAGUUAUUAGCUGAUUAUUUAACUUUUAGGUAACAGUAUAAGUAUCUAUAACUACCUUAAUUGUAUAAAGGUAUACAUUUUUGUGAUAUAAAAGUACCAACACAUUUUAGAUUUUUCUGACUAAAAAGUAAAAAAUUGGAAUUUUCAAAAUAGGCAGAUCUAUAAAUAAUAGAUACUAAAACAAAUAUAUCAAAGAGAGAUAUAAUAUCAAUUUUCCUUAUAUUUGCCACACCGAGUAUCUGCAAUACUUAGAAUGUAGUAGAAUAUUCGUUUGAAAUGUUAAUCAUAUUACACUUUAUGCAACUGUCUAUAUAUUAUAUAUUAUAUACAUAGGUUUGGGUGACGCGUGGGGCGCAGCGACUCCAGCAAGUCACGCCAAAGAAGCUUGCAUCAAAGAACUUGGUUCAUAUCUACUACAGGUAAAUAUAUUGAAGGUAAUUGCACGAUAAAAUCGGUAUAACAAUCAAAUAGUAAAUGGUAAAAAUAGAAAUUAGUUUUUUUCUCAUCCUCCUAAUCCAUUCGAUUAAAAAUUACCAGAGGUGUUCCCACAGUGUAUACUAUACGUCAUAUAUAUUCAAUAUUUUGUUGAAAAAUCAUGGUUAACUAUCAAAUGGUAAAAAAAAUGCCAUGACAAGGAUCAUUACAUUAUUGAACGUUUAUACUAUUUAUACUACUAAAACAGUAAUAGUAAUAAAAAUCUUAUUUGUUUAAUUAACACUAUAACUAAAGAAUUCACAAUUUUUUUACGAUUUACGUAUUUUUUUUAGAUUGAUCUUUAUUGGUUUUACUUGGUAUGAUGUAAGUAAAUAACUUUUUUACCAGUAUUCUUAUUCCGAUCAAAAACUGUAGAAAAACUUUCUUGUAACAUUUUAGACCUAAUUGGUGCAUUGAGAAAGUCAUUUUUUGAUUUCCCUUAUGCUUUCUUAAUAAAUCUAACAAAUUGGCAUGUUUGGUAAAAUGUUUUAUUGAUUUCUGGGUUACCUUGACAACAGGAGAACAAAAACCGAUUUAUAAUACGCCUCUGCCCAUAAUUGUUUUUCAUUUGCAAUGGUUUAUUGUUGCGUUCAAAUAAAAAUUAAAUUACUUUAUUUUAUAUUUUAUCUUCCAAUUCCCACUUGAAACAGCAACACAUCUAAUAGCAGUGUCAGCUUUCUUUUAAAUUUUGAGUGUUUUAUUUUGGUAAUUUAAUAUUAAUUUUUGAAUUAUUGAUCUAUACAUUUCCUUAUAAACUGUAUAAACUAUAAAAAAGAUAAAAUAUCUCAUUUAAGACAUAAGAUGUUAUAGUAUACGGUACUCUCAAAAAACUACAUUGGAACGCUAUGGAGUUAAUUAAAUAUAAAUUGUUGAAAAUAAUUUGUUUAAAUUUAUUAAGUUAUCAUAUUUUAUAUUUGAUACGAAUCCGAGAACUCGCGGAUUAAACUUUAUGUUGUAUGGUCGAUUUUAUCGGUAAUAUUAAAUUAUUGUUUUUGAUUUUUUUUCUUAUAGAGUCUAGAUGGAUUUAUAUUUGUCGUAGGCGGUGACGGUAAGAUCAUGUAUAUAUCAGAAACGGCAUCUGUUCACUUGGGAUUGUCCCAGGUAAACACAUUUUAUUGAUUCAAAACUUUUUACCUUUGAUUUUCUAUAUUUUUUGCCGUCGAUUUUGUAAAUAAUUCUACUUAAACAUGCACUGUGAUUUUAGUUGAUUAAUUAUUAUGUAUUUGAUUAUCAUAGGUGGAAUUAACCGGGAAUAGUAUAUUCGAAUACAUUCAUCAAGCCGAUCACGAUGAAAUGUUAGCAGUGCUCAGUCCUCAUCAUCCCCCUCAGAACGUCCCAACAGAGAGCAUGAUGUUAAGUGAGUAUUGUAUGAUAAGAAAAUAUUUUUAAAAAGAAGAUUAAAUUUAAAAAAAAUAAUAUGUUUACAAUAUGUAUAGAUUCCAACGUUUUCGAACUUCAACGAGUAUUUUUUUUACGAAUGAAAUGUGUAUUAGCGAAACGAAAUGCCGGACUUACGCAGGGAGGAUAUAAGGUACUCAUAUAAUUACUAUAAUGUGGAUAUUAAUAUUUAAGAUGAACAUUAAAUAAUUUUUUUUUUCUAAUCCGAAGAUUGGUUUAUAACAAAUUUAUUUACGACUAUGUUUCCUCGUUGUCUGCCAUAUCAUUGAGCUCUUUGUAAGAAUUGACUUCCACAUCUUGUGAUAUAAUACAUUGUAGAUUACUAAAACAAUAAUAUUACCUGUUAUUACCUGGUUUAAAUAUUUCAUGUUACCAUUGUUUGAGUGAAACACACCGUAUAAAGUAAUAUAUAUUAGAUAGUAGGUAUAAAAUAAGUAUAUUAUGACGCAAACAAGAUUCGAACGAUAGGUACCUUUAUUAAAAAAAAAAAUAACACAUGUAAGUUAGUGUAUAUAAAUGUAUGCAAUUAUUAUUCUAUAUGCAUAUUAAAAUGUAUUUAUCUAAUAUAGGUUAAAAAACCUUCAUUUUUUCACGUACCUAAGAUACCUCCUAUAUACGAAGACAAGUAUUUUAUUAUCUUUGGUGUGUAGAGUUAUGUGUAAUAAUGAUAAUAAUAUGAGUACUAUAAUGACUGAAACGCGUUAUUUAUAAAAGAAAAAUUAUAAAUUAUACAAAAUAUUGUAUUAAAACAAAACUAUACGGACUGCUGUAGGUUAAUGACAUUUUUAAUAUUAUUGUUACAGUAAACUUAAAUAUUGUUGUGUAGUCACAGCCUAAACAGUAUAAUAUAGCUAUAAAAAAAAGUCUGGUUGCAGUAUAGGUACUGUACGUAUAUAAACACAACCCAAUAGUCAACACAAAAACCUGAACGUGUUUACUUUUAUAAUUUACAGUCGUCUUAUUACGCGCGCUCGUGCAUAUUUGUGUAAAAAUUAACAAGGCGAAAAAAAUCAAUAUUGAAAUUGAUUUUCACUCUCCUAUAACAUAGGUAGGUAAUAUAACUACAACAGUCAUUUAUUGUUAUUGUAUAAUACUAAUGUAUAUUAAUUUCGUUUUUCUUUAUAACGGGACAUAGGCAAUUUUUUUUUAUUUUUAGAAUCAAAGCGUAUUGAGGGUUCUAUUUUACUAUGAUGUUUGUUUAAGAUUCAGAGCGUAGCGAGUGAUCUAUUGGUUUUACUAUGGUGUGUAUUUUUUUUUUUUUUGUGUCUGUAAACAACUUUUAUACCAGUUAUAUUGCUCUGAUGUAUAGAUGAGUGUAGUAUCUUUGCUGAAAGGAAAUUUUGUCUAGUUGAUGAGGAAAGAUAAUUUUUUAUUUAAACAGCAAAUAUUUACGGCACACCAUGGGGUUACCAAAUUCAUAGUUUUUAAUUUUUGGAAACUAUUUUUUAUACUAGAAACAUUACUCUAAUCGAGAAAUGACAAAAUCGAUUUUAUUCCAUUUAAAAUCUAGCCAUUUAAUAUCUAAGGUAGUUUUCAUGAUAAUUGAAAAAAAAUCGAAGUUGACGAAAAAUACGAUUUUUUCAUGAUUUUUCAUAAUUUUUUCAUGAAUGAUUUCAUUGUUUAACAUUUUUAAGAUUAUGUUUUUCUACCAGAUAUCUUUGUCUAAAUUUCAAGAAGAAAAAAAUUUUAGUUAGUUUGUGAGUAAGAAAGUUGUUUGAUAUUCCAUCCUAUAUAGUUUUUCUAAUAAUUACGAAAAACCGGACAAAAACGUAGGAAAUACGGCAGUGUACGGCAUUUGGGUUUUUUGUUGUGAUUCUGUUUACAAUUAUUGUAGAGGCAUACAGUUUUCACAAAAUAAUUAUAUUGUCCUCUUUCAAAAUUUUCAAAGCGUUUUAAUUAUUUUUAGGCUAUUUAUAGAUAAUUGAUAUUUUCAAUAUUUAUCUGUCAUUCAAAUUUUAUGCCUUAAGAGAAAUGCUUUAAAAUUUUACACAGAUACAUUAUAAGUUGUAAGUGGUCUAAAACGAAUUGGAGUUUAAUAUAUUAGUUAAUAAUAAUUAAUUUAAUUAAAUUAUUAAUGUAAUAUUUAGUUUUUUUUUUCAUAAACGUUUAAUAUCAAAUUUUGACGAAAAUCGAAAAAAUUACAGCAUUAAAAAUUUUUCCUACCGAACUUCGCUCCGAAUAAUUUUUCAUUAGCAAUGGUUUAUCUUUAUUAACAUAUAAAUUAAAUAACUUUACGUACCCUUUUUUCCCAAAAACCCACCUAAAUUUUUUUUUCCUGUUGAUCAUGUACCUAUACAAAAUGGUAUAAUUAUAAUUAAUUAGAAACCUAACACUUUAUAACAUUAUAAUUUUGGAAGAUAAUUAUUUUUUUUAUCGAAUAGUUAUUAUAAUAAAUGUAGAUCACGUGAAAAUGAUACGAUUUAUAUACUCAUUCGAGUAUAAUAAAUACCAUAUUACAAUUUGUACGGUUUAAAUUUAUAUUUUAAUAAUAUUUGCGACUAAACAUAAUAUAAUAUUAAUAAUAUUAUAACGAAUUAUGUUUAUAAAAUAUUAUAUUCGACGCGUACAAUAAUAAUAAUAACAGACGGAGUUUCGAAAAAUAAUUCAAAUUGCGUAAACAAUAUAAAAACAACAGUACAUAAACAAGGCCGAAUAACCUUCACCGUUAUUAUACACUAAAAAAAAUAUAUAUAAUAUACUUAUUGUGUGUGUAUAAAUAAGUAUUAAUAUUUCAUUGCGAAAAUAUUUGUCUUAUUCUUAAAUAGGUGCGAGUGUAUACAGUGAUAGUUAAAGUGUUGGUAGAAGGGACUGGGCUCCCUUUUUAUUUAAGGUAAAAUUAUACGCCCCCUUUAGUUUAAGUUUUAAAGAUUCGGAGAACACUUUAGUUGUAUAGUCACAUGUAUUGUCUAAUGAAAUUUCAAAUUAAUUUUAUUAAAAAUAUAUUCUUAAUACCUAUGUUUUACAUAAGUUUUACCGAGCAGGUAUAUAUGUAGAGUAAUACUUUUUUAGAAGUUUAUUUUUAAAAUUCAUAAGCAUAAAAUGUGAAUGUUAAAUGAGUAUGGAAGAAAAAAUAAUAAAUAUCUUAUUUCCAUGGUGAGUUUUCAGAAAGUUUAUUUGGGUUUAGGUAAUUCUGGAGAACGCCCCUCAAUUUUGUAAAUUUAAUAUGUAAGAUUUUGUUACGAUGUAUUUAUAAUAAUAAUAUUAAUCAUUUUUUUUACGAUUUACACCAAAUGUGGAAUGAAAAUAAAACAUUUUUUUUUUCAAUAUUAGUUUGUAACUAUUGUUAUAUAUAUAUGUUAUUUAAUAUAACGUUUUUUAAUAAUAAAACUCAUAUCAAUUUAUAAAAACUAAAGGAUUGUUAGGAUUUACUUAAAACUAAUGUUUUUAUUUUAACAAUUUAUGUGUACUACAUUUCCUCUGAUAAAAAAUACCAAAUGUCAAGUAUAGUGUUUUUUGAAUUCUAAAAUGCACUGAAGUUUUAUAUUCUGCAUUUUUAGAUAUAAUUAAAAUUGUAUAUAGGUAUAUUUGAAAAGCCUAAAGUCACUUAUACCGAAAUUUACAAACCCAACCAAUUUCAAAUGUACCACAAUCUAUGCUUUAUUAUCAGUGACGUACCCAGGAUUUUAGUACUUUGGGUCACCCACCUCUAUAAGAAAUCAACUCUUAAAUCCCAAAACACUAGCUUUGCUUACGAUUUACUUAGUUUAAUUUAUAUUUUGAUGACUACAUAAGUAACUAUAAUUUACAUACAAAACAUUAAUAAGUUUAUAAACUUACAUAAAAUCAGUUGAUAUUAAGAAUUGGUAUUAAUUACAUUUUAUUCAAUUGACGGAUAACGCAUUAUUUUAAUACUUGGUCAGUUUUAGUUAAAUCUGUAAAUGCUACUUGAUUAUUAUUAUCUACACAAAAAAUUAAUAUUUUUGUCUUAUUUUUGUGUUUGCUUUGUUUUUAUUCUUUCUUUUGAUGAAUAAUUAAUAAAAGGUACAUAGUAUAGACUAAAGCAGAGGUUCUCAAUCUUUUAAUUUCGCGUAUCACUUACAUAUAUCAUUGAUUUGUCACGUACCACGCAAAACUAAAAAUUGAACAAUUCAUAAUGUUUUUACAUUUGUUUCAAAACGAUAAGAGUAUAAGACAGUAAAAUACGUCAAUAUAAUAUUUAUAUAAAAUAUUAUUAUAGUAUAUAGUAUUAGAUCCAUUAAAAAACAUUUGUACGAAUAUUGAUUAAUUAAUUUUUUAUACUGUUACCUUGCGGCCUUUUGUGUACCAUCGUGUAGUCUUCUGCGUAUUAUCAUGUUGCUUACCACGUACCACCAGUGGUACGCGUAUCAUAGUUUGAAAACCGCUGGUCUAAAGUAAAAGUGAAAAUAAUAUUAUUGACUUAUCACCUAAUAUUUCCGUUUAUUUUAUAUUUUAUUUUAAAAGAAAUUAGUAUAGAUACAGUGAGAAAAAAAAUACAUAUUAAAAUAAUUUUCUCCACUUUUUCAUUUAAAUAGACCCACUGUUUAGCCUAAUCUUUCCCCUUUUCUAAAAGUUACGAGGAAGAUUUUUGAAGAAACUUCGAUUUUCAAGUGCAGCACUUUUUCUAAAAGAAAAUCUGACUGGCGUGGUACUUCAAGAAAGUCAUUUUUUGAUUUUUCCCUGAAGUUUUCAUAAUAAAUGGGAAAAAACGCAGGAAAAACGAGAAAAUGUAAACGAAAUAUAUGAUUUUCAAAUCGUAAAUAUUACGGCCUUUCAAAACAUGUAUAACCUAACUCCGCUCAGAAUCGUUUUUCGUUAGUAGUGGUUAAUCGUCGCGUACACAGAUAUGCAUUAAAUUUCUCCUCUGCAUUCCCAACUUUUCGCCUACUGCAGUAGCCCGCUCAUCGUGCGAGGUACGUCCAUUUGUUUUUUAACUGUUCCGUUGCAGCUGCAGCAUAUUGAUUAUUGAAUCGCGGGAGCCACUGCUGUGUGUAUCAGAGUUAUUAAAGAUAUUAUAUAAAAAAAAAAAAAAAUUAAUAAUUUUUUCCCCGCUCGCGGUAAAGUCUAGUGAUUUACGACUUUUAUUACAUAAUGUAUAAUAAUAUAUUAUGUGUACGAAUAUAAUAUACAUAAUAUUUUUUUUCCCUCCCGCGACAGUAUACGCGUAUGUAUACCAGCGUACCAUCAUCGCGGACUAUAAAAAUCACUCUUAUGCCUCGGGCGUGUGUUCGCGCAUACAUUACGGAGCUAAUGCUCGCGCAUAAUAAUAUAUAUAUAGGCUCGUAUAUAAUACUCGUAUAAUAAACGCGCGGGCGAGUGUACAUACGAUGUAUAUGAUAUGUGUAUACUUAUAUAUUAUUACGUGUAUAAUAUAUGACGUUAUAUUAUACAGUGUGUCACGUGUGUGUGUGUUGAUUGUUGUAUAGGUACGAUGUGUCGUCGUAUUAUAAUCAUAAUAAUAAUAAUAUUUUAGUAGUCCGAGGGCGCGCAAUGAUAGAGCGGGGGGGGGGCGAAACGGGAUAAAAUAAUAAAACGCGACGGGCGCCAUAUUGUGCUGCUGCAGGGGGACCAGGUGCGCGUGUUUCGCGCCCGUUUAAUCGUCGCCGCGCGUUACCUGUGCGUCGUUUGCCGUGGACGUCCGUCCGUCAUUGGGCCGCCCGAACUGCGGGCGUCCUCGCCGUGACGAUACUCCUCCUCUUUUUUCGUUUAUUAUUAUUAUUAUUAUUUUUUUUUUUCUUUACCUUCCCGCGACGAUUUACGGAUAAACGGAAAAACGCGGUCCGACGAUCGUCGUCUCGUUCUCGCCGCGGCGGAACAGGUGCUAUUGGCCGAUAACGAAUACAUUUUAUUGUAAUACAUUGCUACAUCGGAAUAUCGUACACCAACUGUAUAAUAUAUUGUCCAACGACGAAAUUUUAGAACGCGCAGAUCCAGGUGAACAGGUUCGUUGAACAGACAUGGAAAAGAUAUGAAAUAAAAACGUGUUUAUAAUACGCUCCCGGGGUAACACAUAUACCUUUUCUAUUUUCCCUACUCGCUAAAUCCACGUCAAAUUUUCAUUUCUGCUACCUUAUUAUAAAUACGUUUUUAUUUCGCAUAUUUUCUAUAUUUGUUCAACGCCCAAUACUCGAACCUACACGUUCUAAAAUUUCGUCGUCGGAUAAUAUAUUAUUAUCAGAGUUAGUCGCUGGUCAAAGGAAAAGUUAAAGUUAUUAUAUAGGAUUGAUGGAAGCAUGCAGAGUAGACGAAGAAAUGGUGACGGAUAUAUGACGGAAAUGUAAAGGGAAAAAAGAUUAAAAGUACCUUUAGCUGACUCUGCACGUGUAAGAUAAAGGUGAAAAAUAAAAAAAGAAGAUCAAUAUUUAAUAAACUUGGCUUUCGGGACAGUUAGAAGUAGAAUCAGGAGCGCUGAAAAACGUAUUAUAAUAACAUUAUGAACCGUCUUAUUGCUGUUCACUCGAAUUAUUUUCUAUAGUUAAAAUGUAUUUAAUUUUAAUGAGGUAAUAAACAUCGUUUUUCCAAUUGUGAGAACUAUAUCAUUUUACCAUUAAAACUGUUAAAACAACAGUAUAAAUUACAAAAAAACAAUAUUAUAUUUAUCAUGUAUACAUAUUUUCAUUUUUGGCUCAUAUUAAUCAAUGCUACUGCAGUAGUGGGCUAAUUGGGUACUUUGUUGCAAUAAUUUUAUUGUGAUGGGAAAAAUAAUGUAAUACCUAAGUACAAAAAAUUAUACAAAUACAAAUAAUACAAAUUUGAGUAAAAUAGAAAAAAUAUAUAGUAUUAUUACUCGAUAACUCGCGAGCACCAGCAACAAUAUUCUAUUAAAAAUAAAACUCCUUUUUUUUUACAUAACAGUAUAAACAUUUUUUACAUGCAUAUAUUAUUAUAUAUGUAAAUUCAUACGAGUUAUGUUUUCUACCAGAAAUCUUGCUUCAAUUUAAAAAUGACUACAGAGGCCUUUUUUGUUAAAUUUUAGAUUUAUAGUUGGUUAAUAAAAAAUUCUUGUUUUGAUUUUUCAAGCAGUUUUCAUAAUAAUUGGAUAACAAAAUGAAAUUAAUAAUUUCAUUAUUUUCAAUUUUGGUUUUCGUAAAUUGGUAAAAAUUAUUGUAGAGAUUAGAGAGCUAAAAUUGUUACUGAAUACUUAUAUUAGCAUUUACUAGCAAUUUUUCAACCAGAACUACUCCGUCAACUAAAAAAUAACAAGAGGAAACCUUUUUUUAUUGCAUUUUGGAUCUAUGGUUAGUGAAUUAAAGAAGUUAUUUUUUAACUUUUUUAACAGUAUUUAUAAUAAUCUGGCAAAGUCAAAAUAUACGUUAAGAGCUGACAAAUAUUUACGGAACACUACGCUGUGUCGUGGCAUUAUUAGUUCCAUUAUUUUAAAAUGAUUCGAUUUUUAUUUUCUUCCAUAAAUGUUUUCCAAAUUUCAAGAUUCGCAUCUUUACUGAAAGGAAAUUUUAUCUAGUUGGUAAAGAUGAAAUCUUUUUUUUUUCAAUUUUUUAUGUAGUUUUCUUAAUAAUUAUUGAAUGAAACUGGGGAAAAAGAGAAAGUUAAAAACAAAAAUAAUAGUUUCAUUAAUUUCAAUUUUGUGUUUUGUUUCAAUUCGGCCAAAAUUAUUCGUAGAUACCUGAAAUGUCUAUAGAAUUUUUAUAUUAAACAUUCCUAAACGUAAUAAAAUGUUUAAAAUAUUCUGACGAAUUUUGAGCUAUUCGUAGAGGUUAUAUAUAAAAAUUUUUUUUAGUUUGAUUUGGUAGGUAUUGUAUGGAUAAAAUUGUUAGACCAAACAACAGGACUUGAAAAUUGAACACACAAUAAGUUGUAUUCAGUGAUACAAAAAAUGCACAUUGUAUAAUAACUUUUUUUUAAGUGUUUAAAAAUUAAAUUUUGACAAAAAUGCCAUAAUAUUGCUAUAUGCAGUUAUAUACAUGACGUUAUUACAUAUACAACCAAAUUUUGCUUAGAAUCGUAUGUUUCGAUAACAAUGAUUUAUCGUUAUGUACAGAUUUAAAUUAUUAAAUUAUUUCAUGUAUCCUAACUUUUCAAUUUCUCACCUACAACAAUAGCACACCCGUAUGGGCUUUUUUUUUUUUUUUUAAUUAAAAUGUCUUCACUUUUUGGUCAGAAAAAUCAACAAUUUAAUUGUUUUUUGAUACCUUCAGUUAAUAUAUCAAAACGAAACCUAUUCGAACCACUAAUAUAAUACCAUGAAAGAAAUUAUAGGUUAGUAUAGUACCUAAUAAUUAUUAAAAUAAAGUAAAUGCUUAUACUUAUAAUUAGUACCUACUAGUACUUAUUACCUUUUUGAUCUUUAUGAUAAAUUUAGGGCAGAUUAAAUUAUAAAUUAUACUUACAAAAAUAUAUAAAUUAAAAAUUGAUCCUUUUUUUAGCUUGGAUGAACGUUGUAAAAUAUGCCACAAUUUCCAAAUUUUAUAUCUCCUUCUAGGAUAAAUCCUAAAUAUACCACGGCAGGUUUACAUCAAAAUCAUUGCAAUAAUAACUAUCAUAAUAUGAAUCGCGGUCCUAUAAGAGCAGCACCUAUAAUAACAGUCGCACGAUCCGAUACGUGAAAAUUAACGCGCUAUGUAUCAGGCAUUUUUCGAAUCCUUUCUACACAAUUGUGUAGAGCGAGGUGUGAUAUUAUUGGCGUUCGGUGUAUACCUAUUACUUACCUACCUAUAUAUUAUACAGGUUGAGUUUUCCGAAACGUGCUCGGGGCCGGUCGUGUCGAAUGCGCGAGAGUGAAAAAGUCGUCGUUUUAUAAAACAACCUAUACUCCACAUGCGGUAUCGAUAUCCCAGCAGAUCAAGAUUGAUUAUAUUACGUGAACCGGCCGUGUUUGUCGUAUUAUUAUUGGUACCUACCUAAUAUAAUAUUAUUAUAAUACCUAUGGCGCGGUCAGCUCUAUAAUCCCGACCGCUUAUUGAUACCUCACGAUCGGCUCCAACGUGUCUGCAGACGGGUCCUGCACAUACGGAGAACACCUAUGAUUUUUAUUACCAUCCGGCAUAAUAAUAUAUUUUCUAUUGUCCCCCAGGUGCUGUAUAUAAUAUUAUAUUUUUCGGAAUUUUUUGGGUAUACCUAUCUAUACCUAUAGCAUAUAAUAAUAUAUACUGUAUGUGUAUGUUUUUCAGGGAGAGAGAGACGAAAGAAAGAAAAAAAAAAUCUCACACCUGUAAAGAGAGGAAAGACCCGCAUUUAAUUUAUUCCCAAACUUAAAUCUUGUAUUUUCGGUUGUGGUCACGUCUCGGCCGUAUUAUGAAUGGACUUCUUGACACCUUCUCAGCGCGCACAUUAUAUUACCUAGCCUAUUAUUACAAAUAAUAAUAUACCCAUACGAUGUGCAUAGCGAUAUUAUUAUGCAGCUACGUACAAGACCUUUAGAACAGGUCUUGUACGAUUUUUUUUUUAUAUAAUAGUAUUUUUCAACGGUACAAAUAUACAAUAAUAGCGCGUAUAUAUGAAUGCUGUGUUUGUGAUGUAUAUAUAUAUAUAUACACGAGUACCUACACCUAAAUGCGUAUACACUCAUCAAUAGUAUAUUUGUUCAGAUCUCUAAAUAUAUAUUAUAUCCGUUUCGUUAAGUUUUUUCGAACACCCAGGGGGAUCGUAUUUCUUUGCGUACCUAUAUAAGGUAAACAAAUACCGCGCAGAACAAAGUCACAUUUGUAUAGGUACAAUUACAAUAUCAAUAUAUUACUAUGCAAUAGGUAUAUAUGUUACUGACUUUAAACAAAAUAUUAUGUGGGUGAUACACUUUUAAUCUAGAUGAUGGGUAAGAAAAUCGUUUUUUGAUUUUCCUUGUAGAUUUUAAUAAUCGAGCAUAAUCAAAAAAAAAGGGUGUACGAAAAAAAUGUUUUAUUAUUUUCAAUUUUAUUUUUUGUCGUAAUUCAGUUUAAAAGAUUCGUAAACUUGAAAUUUGAUAUAAACCUUUACUUCCUUUUCAAGACGUGGUAAAAGUUUAAAAUCGUUUUAACCAUUUUUGAGUUAUUUAUAGAUAUUUAAAUUUUGCGUAUUUUACGUAAUUUUUAUUUGGUAGGUAUUUUGCCAAUAAUAUUAUUUGACCAAACAAAAAUGCUUGAAAAUUUAAGAGGAGGUUCGUUAUGAGUUUUACUUAGUGGGUUAAGUGUACAAUAUGUAAUUUUUUUUUAUAUAAGAAUUUUUAUAUCAAAUUUUGAGAAGAAUCCUAAAUAUUACGGCGUUUCAAAACAUGUAUAACCGAUAUCUAUUCCGAAUCGUUUUUCGUUUUAAAUGGUUUAUUGUUACAUACAGAUAUGAAUUAAAUAAAUUGAUAUAACUUACCUUCCCAACUUCUCACCUACAACACUGACAACACUCGUCCCCAGUAUUAGCUCUUUUUUUUUAUAUUUCAAUACAUCUAUCAUAAGGUAGAGAACUAAAACCCUUUAGCCCCCCCCCCUUGUAUACGUCAAAUAUUAUUGUUAUUAUUAUUAAUAAAUGUUUUUUUUUCUGUUCAUAAUAGGUGAUACAUUGUUCUGGUUAUUUAAAAGUGAGACAAUACCCCGGAUUAGAAACUGUCGGUCUAGUUGCGGUUGGACAUUCGUUACCUCCGCACGCGAUUACUGAAAUCAAAUUGCAUUCGAAUAUGUUCAUGUUCCGAGCAAGUUUAGACUUGAAACUCAUAUUCUUAGAUGCCAAGUAAUUGAUCUUUGAAUAAUUUUUUUAUCAAAUUUAGUGGAAUAGGGCUAUUAAUUUCAUUUGGAUAAAUAUAAAAAUAACAUAAAUCGUUUGCAAAACGAUACACUAUAUUGUUAAUACACUAUGAUUGCCCAGGAACUUUAAAUUUUAAGGUAUUUCAUCCAUAAAAAUGAAAGCAAGCUUCCUUCAAAAAUAUAUAUAUAUUUUUUUUUUACAAACAAUGAUUAGUUUUUAUUUUAAAUACAUAUAUGUGUAUAAUAUUGAUAUAUUUUAUGUGUAUUCACAUUAUAUUGACAAUGGAUAUAUUUCUAUUAUUACAGCGCACACCCUUUGUUUGACGAUACCUAUUUUUUUUUUUGUUUUUUAACAUCAUAUCACUGCGUGCUAUAAUGUCAGUACGGUAUUUUAUUUCAUAUCGUUAUUAAAUUACAGAGUGUCUCAACUGACAGGAUACGAACCACAAGACUUAAUAGAAAAGACUCUCUAUCAUUAUAUACACGGUAAUGAUAUUCACAACAUGCGCAUUGCUCACCAUACCCGUAAGUAUUGUAUAUCAUAAUUUCAUAAUUUGUUAAAAAAAAUGUCUUUUUCUGUUAAACGGUAAUUUGUUUAUUUUAAAUUAUAUUUAUAGUGUUAUUAAAAGGCCAAGUCACCACGAAAUACUAUAGACUGUUGGCCAAAGACGGCGGAUGGGUUUGGGUGCAAAGCUAUGCCACUAUAGUUCAUAACAGUAGAUCUUCAAGACCUCAUUGUAUAGUUAGCGUUAAUUACGUACUUAGGUGAGUACCUAUAAUCGAUGGGCAAUAUUAAGUUACAAACUAUUAUAUUAACAUGUGGUAAAUUAGCAGAAAAUCCCUAUAAUUAUCUCGUUGACAAAGAAAAAUAAUUAAUUUUAAUCAAAUCCUAUAUUUUGAUAUUUUAUUUAUAUUUAAAAAAAAUAAAUUACUAUAACUACUCAUGACUUCUCCAACAAAGGUGAAACAGAUUCGAUUUCCAAAAAUUUCCAAGAAUAUUUUGAGUAUAAUAAACAGAGCUCGGAUUUUAAAUCAUUUGUUAAUUAUUAUUGGAUACAGAUAAAAAUAGUAGAGUGUGCUAUACAUCUUUAUUUUAUGCACCAAGGACUCCACAGAGAAAAUUGUAUAAUACCAUUUUUAAAUAUUUGAAGCAUUGUGUUAAGGACAUAUUGUAGUGCAUAUUUCAGUAAUUUUAACUGCUAUACAAUCUGAGCCCUGAUGGUUAUAGAGAACUGUCAAAAACAGUUUUUUAUUUAAGAAUUUAAAAUAUUCAAAAAGAUGUGUCUCAUCAGUUGGAUACCGUCAGAUUGUCUAGUUAUUUUUAAUUGAAAUUGUUUAGUAACUAUAUUAGUUAUACUGCAGUUAUAAAAAGAAGGACAUACUUUGCACGACAGGUGAGCCACUGUUUUAGGUAAGAAGUUGGGAAGGUAGGAUAUAGAGGGGAAUUUAAUUUAUAGUUGUACGCAACGAUAAACCAUUGCUUACGAAAAACGAUUUGGAGCGAAGUUUCUUUUAUAAAUGUACGACGUACGUACAUUUUCCUGUUUUUCUACGUUUUUCCCCGUUUUUUUUUUUCAAUUAUUAUGAAAACCGCUUGGAAAAUUAAAAAUUGACCUUCUUAAAGUACCGACUAAAUAUAAUUUGCUUUUAGCUACAUUUGAAAACCGGAGCAAGAUUUCUAGUAGAAAAGUUGCUCACAGAAAAAAUAAAUAAAAAUAAACAUCAUUUAAAACCAAUACAUUAAUUUUUGCUACACUCAAAAUCUAAAAAUUCUUACCAUAUAUUUGUGAUUCGGUUUUACUUAUGUGUUUGAUUAAGACAACCGUUGGACAAAACCUCCGAUUAUAAAACAGUCCAAAAUUAUUCCUUAUCAUUAUACUUAAGUUAUAACCAAUUUGGAAAUCCACGAGAUGUAUCUUCGCAAAUACAUAUAUAAAUUUAAAAAUUAGAAUUAUUUUGGGAAUUCUAGGAUAAAUUCCACAGGUACAAAUAAAAAACCGACACACAUCAUAGUAAAACUAAUACAUUCCUCUCUCCGUUCUGAAUCUUAAAACGCGAAGUCCCAUAGAGCGCGAGGCCUUUGGUGGGUGCUCAGUUGACUCCUCUCUUCCGCCAGCCCUUAAUUCAUAGGCACAACUAGACCACCAACAUUAGGGGUGCUAAAGUUAUAGACACAUCACAGACCCAUGGGGAUUUGGGAGUAUUUUUUCUCCACAAUUCCCUUUACACGAAACCUAUAAUAAGAAAAUACACAUUUCAUUUAUUAACAGUUUUAUAUAAAAAUGAAAUAGCUUUUUUAUUUUAUUUUUUACACACGCGUCGUAUGUAGGUAUUCUAUAUUUUGGUCUACUUAUUAUUAUGAAAUACAGAAUGGUUAAAAUAUUUAGUUGAUACUAUAAAAAAGCUUGUUAGUUUAUUUUUUAGGAGUGAUAAUUUUAUACGUAGGGCUGCUGAAGACCCCCUUACAUCGUAUUUGUACCUAUGCACGCUAUAAAUAACUAUACUUAUUAGAUUACUUAUAGUAAUAAUUAUUAUAAUUUAUUUUAUACGUUUUUUUUGUUUUUUAUAGUGAGUCUGAGGUGAAAGAUGUGUGUCUAUCCGUAAGCAACAACAGUUGCGUAGCGUCACAGAACGGUAAUGAAGACACGACGACGACGACGACAGUUCAAAACAAACCUGUCAAAACACAGCAAAAUCAAAGACAAUCAAAUCAAAACCACAGAUAUCAUAGGCCUCCGACGGUGGUGACCGACGAAGAGUACAGUGAUUCGAGUGGUGGACUUUAUAACGACUUCGUAAGCAAUAAUAGUGUAAGUGCAGUUUUUAAUAAAUCAAUAAACUUAUUUUCGUUAAACCCAGCGAUUAAAAAUGAUAUUUCUUUUAGAUUCUAAGCCAUGCGAGGAAUGUAUUGGUUUUAUGUUAUAUUUGUUUUUUUUUUCUUUUUUUUAUCUGUGAAUAACUUUUCUACCAAAAAUGUUGCUUCGAUUUUCAAGUGUAGUAUUUUUCUAGAAGGAAAUAUAACUGGCAUAGUACUUAUUGAGAAAGUCAUUUUUUGAUUUUCCAAGGAAUUUUCAUAAUGAAUGGAAAAAACCGGAAAACACUUUAGAAAAUCGCGAAAACGUACGAAAUGUGUUGUUUUCAAUUUUGUUUUUUGUUGUUAUACAGUUUUUGUAGUGACUUAAAAACACAACUUGAAACACACUUUAAAAUAUUUUAGCCAUUUUUGAGCUAUUUAUAGAUAUUUUAAUUUUGCUAGUUUUUACGUAAUUUGUAUUCGAUAGGUAUUCUGUAGAUAAAAUUGUUAGGUUAGGUAAGGAGGUUUAUUAUAAGUUGACUUUUGUGGUCAAUAUAAACAAAUUGAGUAUAAUGAAGAAUAGUAUGAGUAGCUAUAGUAGAAUUUUGCUAUAAAAAUUUUAGUUUCAGAUUUUGACAUCGUAAAUAUUACGGCCUUUCAAAACAUGUAUAACCGAGCUCCUCCCACAAUCGUUUUUCGUUAGCAAUGAUUAAUUUUUAUGUACAUAUACUAUAUACAUACAAUUUCCCCUCUACGUUCCCAAAUUCUCAUUUACAACAGUGGCCCACCCAUCGUGCGAAGUAUAUCCAUUUGCUUUUUCCUUCUUUUUCUUCGGUAGUUGGAUUUGAAACGUCAAAAUCAUUUAUGUAACCUUAUGUAUUUGUAUUUUUUUUUCAAAGAUUCCCGGUUUUCUAUAUUUUGCAACAUUUCCGCUACUAACCUGAUUCUUGUUAGACCUUUGAUUUACUAAAUAAAUCGGCCAGGAAGACAUCAUUUUUCCUUUUCUCUUGCACUUUUUCUCGAAUUUUUUUUUAACCAUCUUUUUUUAUAAUAUGGUCAACCAAAUAUGUAUUUGAACUAGUAUUAAUGGGAAAAGUCGUCUAUUUUCAAGGGAGGAUAUUUAAUUUAUCUAAUACUGAUUAAUUUAUUCUACAAGCCAUCCAUAGGAUUUAUAACAUUGUUCUACAUACGAUAUUAUUUUUAACAAUUCUGUUAUUUACUAGAAGACUGAUUAUUGUUUUUUUUUUUGCAUUAAAUGUCUUUGAUUCUGAACCAUGUAUCGUUAUGGAAAAGAUCUGCGUUUUCAACAGAUAUUUCUUUGUGUCUUUUUUUUCUGUUAUGGCCAUUACAUAUCCUAGACAAGUAAGUAUUUACUGCCUUGGCCAUUCCCUAAAGUCUACAUUUGUAUUUUCUCAGAAUGUCUAAUACGAAAUAAUAUAAUAAUAAGGCUAUAUUAUUUUAAAAUGCCAACAAAUUUAGUAGUUUAAGAAGCUUACAUAUUUUGCUCACGUCUUGGAGUUAUAAUAUCAUAAUAUUUUUGUGUUUGCAGGAACCGCCACAGCCAUUGGUAAACGGCGGUGCAGGCCAUCACCACCAUCAUCAUCACCACCAUCACCCCCUGAACAUGGUAGCGCCGAACAUGUAUACGGGUGAAGAGUACAUUUACCCGGACCUAUACUAUCCUUAUGACCAGUCGUGCAACCGACCGUACAGCUCGGGCUCCAGUUGCUCCAGCUCGAAUGAGAGCGACCGCAUGCUGGCGCAUCAGGCCGGCGGCGGCGGUUACACGCCGCCCACGGCCAUGCUUAUGUCGGUGGCCGGCCACGACACGGACCAACACGGAUCGACCGCGGCGACCGUGGCAUACCAAGCACUCGCUCCGGCGGGCGCCGCAGUGCCAGUAGCCGCCUUAGGUCACCACCACCACGGAGUUAUAGUCGACAAUACACAUUACACCGUUGUCAACGAGUAUGUACAUUGAGAUCGCGGUGGCAGUCUCCCCUGUCGCGGGACGAUACUCGUUUUAGUGUGGGUUGCGCCUCACCCACCGAGAAGCUCGUUCCUAUAUAAUAACAUUAUCGAAUACUUCGGUUGCGCGCGACAAGAAUAAAAUACCUAUUAUAAUGAUUUUUUUAAAAAAAGUAUGAUGCAAUCGGACGCAAUAAAUGGUUGUGAUUGGACGACGAUUAUCGGAUCGUGAAUUUUUGUUUUUAUCCCGUAAAAUUUUUUUUAUUAUUGUAUCAUAUUAAAUCCGUUAUAAUGCUGUAUUAACGUUGAUACCAAUAAGGACCUAUAUAAUACAAUAUAGACUUAGAUUUCUACUUUGGUUAAAGAUUAUAUUUUAUGCACAUAAAUAUAUAAUGUAUAUAUAUAUAUAUAUAUAUAUUAAUAUGUUACCGAAAAUACUGAUAAUAUUUAGGAAAUCAUGUUAUUAACUAGUAGGUACCUAUACCUACUAUUGUUAUCAUUUCUGUAGUUUAUUGGGCAAUGAUAUUGAGACCUUUAUACUUAUCCAUUAGAACAGAAAUAAAUCUAUUCAAAGCCUGCAAAUAAUUCGAUUUUAGGACCUUUGUUUGUUAAUAAGAGCAAUAAACAAUUCUAUAAGGACUGAAAUAAAAACAAAAUAUAUUUUAUUUAAAAUUUGUGAAGAUAAUCAAUACUGGAUCAUUUUGAAAAAAACAACUCUACAUCAAUGGUGGUUUUAAUAGGGGCACGAAAAUGGUUGCUUUAUGGGAGACUUGGGAGCAUAGCCCCCCAAUCGCUCGCCAAGUCCUCGAAUAUUUUUUCAGAUAAAGCUCCCUUUAUAUUUUCCAGGAAAGCAAAUAUAAAAUAUUAUAUCUGCCAUUGAGGAGUGACUUUAAAUAUCAACCCCUUUCCCGGGGGGACAUUUAAGGGGGAAAGUAUACACCUCAAAUUACAGUAUCAUGCAUUGGCUCGACCAACCUAAUUAAAACAUAUGACACAUGUAUAAAUGUAUUAAAUAAAUAUAGAUACGUAGAUAUUUUAAACAAGCAAUUUAAUAUUAAACGAAAACAAAUAUUAUAUAUAUUUAAUAUUUAAUUUAAAAAGUCAUAUUAUUGAAGUACAAAAUUUAUAUUUCUUUUUUGAGGAAAAUUUUUUUGCAAAUUCAAUUAAUAUAACUUCAAUUAAUAAUUAUAUUUUAUUUAUGGUUCGAUCUUUUAAAUUAAUUGUUACAAGUGCCAACAUUCAUUGUAUACCGAAUGUAAAUAGAUUGCUAAACAUGGUAAAAAGAAAAUAAAUUACAAUCCUUUAUUUUAUUUGAGACUCAUCAGCCUUUUCAGCCACUUUUGUAUUAUUAUAACCGCUAUCUGUGUAAUAUUAGAAGCCAAGGGGGAGGGGCGAUCGGGGCUAUUACCCUCCCUCUAAAAACCGCCUCUGCUCUAUAUACAUACUAUAUUAAUCUGGAUUAUAAAAAUAUAAUCAUACACUUACUAAAUACCGGAUUUCAUAAUAUAAUUCUAGCCAACAUUCCCUACUAUAAUUAGGAAAUUAUAACAAGUACUAGGCAAUGAUAUCAUUCCCUUACUGUAUUAAGAAUUGUUAUAAUUUCCUAGGAAUUGCCAAGUUUUCUAAUUUUUGUCAAACAUUUUCGGUAACAUAUAUUAUGUAUAUAACCGAAGGAACAAUAUACUCAUUGAGGGCCAAAUUAUUUCAAUGAAUCGUGGUGAAUAAAAUCAUAUGAUUUUGAUGUAUGAAUGUAUGAUGGUAUAGAUCACUUUCAACGCCAACGUAUAUGGACUGGAUACCUAAUUUUCAAUUUUAUUUUCUCAUUCCGCAGUCCGGUUUCAUUCGUCCAAUAUCGAUCAGUUUGCAUAAAAAAAUCGCUGAAAUUGCAUAGAAAAUCGGCACGUGCUUGCUAGUUAAAAAUUCUUCAACCCCAUCUAUAUUUUUUUUUAAAUAAGUAAUUUAUUAUAUUAUAUACAAUAAUAGGUGCCUAAUAAAUUAAGAGAUUUAUUUGAACUCAAUUGACUAAAAAACUUAACUCUAAAACCACCCAAAGUCUCAAUUACUACAAUAGAUACAAUGUAUAUAAAUAUAUAUAUAUAUAUAGAUAAUUAUCAUAAAUUGAUAGUACAAGGCUAUGUAAGUAUCAAUAUUCUUAGUUUAUCAAAAUUAUAAUUUUUACAAUGUUUUCUAUGGAAAAACAGUAAAUUAAUUUUUGUUGUGUGUACCUGAUUAGGUACCUAACCUAGACAUUUAUUUGAGAAUUAUUUAAUAAUAUUCUAAAUCAGACCAAUUUUUUCACUUGGCCCUUAAUAAUAUCCGCAUUACGUGUAUUAUACAACAAGGUGAUGAGUACCUAUGGCAAAUGUUUAAUAUUAUAUAAAAUGCUUUUAAAUGUUCUUAUCACCUCGCAUAUAUAUUAUGUAUUUCUAUAAAAUAUAUAAUUUAAAUACUAAGUUUACAUCAAUUUUGUAUAAUAUAUUAUAGAUAAGUAGAUUUACUUAUUUCUGUUAACUCUGUAGCGUAUUCAGUGGUGACAACUAUAGUGCAGAGGGUAUAAUUUUGAAUUCGAUUGGAAUCGUUUUUAAAAUAUACUAAGUCUAAGACUUACCAGGUACUGAUAAAAUAGUAUACAUUUGAAAUAAAAUAUAAUUUUCAAAUGUAUAAUAUUUUAUAAAAUUAAGAAUACCCAGAGACACUAGGUAAUAAUUAAUUUGAGAACGUCUCAAAUAGUUGAACUUAGUUCUCGCUACCACGGUGAAUAUUUAAUAUUUAUUUAUACAUGUUUACUUUAUUAUUAUAAUAUUUAUAAUAAAAUGGUAAAUUAUAUAUUAUUAUAUAAGAAAAUAAAUAGAAAUAUAUUUAAAGAAUUUAUUACGAAUAUUAUGGAAUUUAAUUUUGUUUAGGUUAUUAUACGCAGGUUGUUUGUAUUAUAAUUUGUACUGUCUAAAUUUGUAUUAAAAUAAAUUAUUGAUCUAUGUAUAA